GAAGCGGGGGGCGGAGCUAAAGGCGGCCCUUCCGAACCUUCGCCGCCCAAUAGGAAAGCUGGGCCGGGAAGAUGGCGCCGCCCUCAGGCCGGCGCUCACUGCGAGGCUUGUUGUUGCUGCUGUCGCUUCUGCCGUGGAGCUGUGACUGCGGAGUGGGGGGCGGGAAGACUUAAGUCCGGCAGGGGAGAUAGACGCCGAACCCCGGCGAGGGGCAGAAAUCGAGGCCGGGGCUUCGGCGCGACCUCCGUCCAUGGAGGCCGCCGGCGGAGAAGGGGAGCCGGAGGCGCUCAGCUGCUUCUCCUACAACCAGGACUGCACGUACGUGAGUGGGGAGAGGGCAGAGCGGGUCAGGCUCCCCUUCCCUGCCCGUCCCCUCGCUUCCACCCCGGGGAAAGAGGGAGCCCAGCCCAGGGAGCGAAGCCAUCCUCUCCUCCAGGCUGCCCAAGGCGGGGAAGGGACGGCGGCCUUUGGGGAAUGCGGGGACGCGGAUAAUAAUAAUAAUAGUAACAACAACAGAAGCAAGGAAGGGAAGAAGGGGCGGGGUCGUGGAAACGGUGCCUACAGAAUUAAUGGAUACCCGGUUUAGUUUGGAGAUCUUGUUAACAGCAUCUUUGGAUUAUUCCCGCUCUCUGAGGUGCGCUAAAAUUAGGAUAACGUGGGCAAAAAGUUAAGUCUGGUGUGUGAUGGAUAAGCUUUUCCCUAUCGCCACACUUCCCCACGAGCUGAGUGGAUCCCGAUUUUUUUAAAAAGUCCCAACAAGUCGAAAUUUACUGCGCAUAGUGACCAGUUGAUUUAUUACUGCGUAAAUUUUGGACUCUAGGUCUUCAGCACCCAUCAUUUUCAUACAUGUUUAACUGCAUGUUUGCCUGUGUUAUAACCAUGACUUGAGGCAUCAAGCAAAUACAUAUAUAUGUGUGUGUGUGUGUGUGUGUGUGUAUGUAUCUAGACAUACAUAUAUAUAUGUGUGUGUGUAUAUAUGUGCGUAUAUAUAUAUAUAUAUACACACACACACACACCACAUUUUCUAUUAUUUACAAAGUUAUUAAGGGUGUUUUUUUUAAUGGAGAUGUAAGAACACCAAUCAUCUGAUUGCAGGGUAUUGCUUCAUAAGCUAUUGCAAAUUAUUCUAAGAACAUAGGGUUACACAAGCAGUGUUUAGAUAUAAUCAACUGUGAAUUGCUUGAAUCGUUUUGUUCAUGUUAUAGUGUAUCAGUAUAGAGUAUCAGUGGGAUGGCUGAGCUUGUAGGUCAUUGUGGAGUUUGAUGGCUGUCAAAUAUAGUCUCAGGUCACUAUUGAUCUGAUAUUGCUGUAUUUCAUCUUCAUAGGCAUAAUUGCUGAAAAGCCUGUCUCGCAAAAUUAUGUACCAUCAAAUGGCAUCAGCACUUGUAUUGCUUCACCAGCAAGCUCAGGAUACUUGGUAAUAACAGAGUAAUUUUGGUAGCAUGAAUCCAAAAUUCAGAUAAUCUCACUUCCAAAUAUUUUUCCUUUGAGGUUCCUAUCGCAUGAUAAUUCAGUGACGACUUUGUGAUAUCAGCUGCAAAUGGGUUCCACACCCACUCAAACUUUUGUGUUUCUUAAGCAGAAAAGUAGUGGGAAAAGUUUAACUAAGCAAACUUGGUUAUCCUUGGCUAAAAGAUUAAGUCUCAUGACAGAUUCAGUGACAGCUCACCACAAGUGCCUGUGCAUCAGAACUGAGCUGUAACACUCCGAAUAAUUCCCUAUAUAAGCAUCUCUUGGCAAACUGUCACUGAAUUUGCCACCAGAGAGUAGUUACCAAGUGCUAAAAUGUAAGGAUUGAGCCUUUCUGACAUUCGGUUACAAAUGUAAACAUCAUUAUAAUAUGCCAACAAAAGAAAAAGUUGUAAUAGGUAUCAUCAUACCAGUUUACAGGAUUAAAAGCAAUAAUUAUAUUGGGUUUAGGUUUAAAUCCACUUGCACAAGCUUUGUGACCCGCUUGCAGGUCACAGUCUGGAGGUUAGGAAACACUGCUCUGGGGUAUGAAAUUGAAUAUGGUUAGACUUUGGGUUGCUCAGCCUUAUGAUUCUAUAUAAGCUAGCUUUCCACCAGCUCAAGAAUAGGUUAGAAAUCCCAAAAGAACUGAAGCCAAGCCCCAAAGCCUGGCUUUCCCCUUUUAUCACUCUCCAGCUCUUUGUGCAGUGGCUGUGAUGAUGCCUUUUCAUUUUCUCCUCUUCUGUCCUGUACUUGCCUUUUGUAGCUUAUCCCGUGAACCAAAUGAAAAGGAAAGGCGAUCUUGUUUAGCAGGAAGGGCAACAGGAAAUGCCACAAUGGUGUGUUCACAGUUUAAAUCCCAAGUAUGGUUUCAGUUGUCCCACUUCUUAAAAAUCUAACUGAAACGAUGUGCACUGAUGACAGACAGUAACGGACUCCUCCUUGAUGAAGGAUGCGUUAAACUGGAGAUGGGGAAGCUGUGGCCCUCCUAUAACUUCCUGAACUGCAGCUACUAUUGUACUUGACCAUUGAUGAUACCGGCUGGGGCUGUUCGGCCCAAUCGCCGUCUAAAUUCGGCCCACCUUAGGUCCGGGAAUCAGCGUGUUUUUACAUGAGUAGGAUGUGCCCUUUUAUUAAAACACAUCUCUGGGUUAUUUAUGGGGCAUAGGAAUUCGUUCAUUCCCCCCCCCCAAAAAAAUAUAGUCUGGCCCCCCACAAGGUCUGAGGGACAGUGGACUGGCCCCCAGCUGAAAAAGUUUGCUGACCCCUGAUAUAGAGAGCCGCAGGUCCCCUCCCCCCGGUUUUAAAGGAAAACUAUUACAGUGGUACCUCGGGUUAAGUACUUAAUUCGUUCCGGAGAUCCGUACUUUACCUGAAACUGUUCUUAACCUGAAGCACCACUUUAGCUAAUGGGGCCUCCUGCUGCUGCCGCGCCGCCGGAGCACGAUUUCUGUUCUCAUCCUGAAGCAAAGUUCUUAACCUGAAGCACUAUUUCUGGGUUAGCGGAGUCUGUAACCUGAAGCGUAUGUAACCUGAGGUACCACUGUAUCCCUUUGGCAGGGCUUAAACUCUUGUGCCUGUUUCUAUUGGGGUAUAUAAUCCUGUAGGACCACAUAUUGCAAUGCAUUAAACGUUUAGCAUAUCUUUCUUUUUACUCUAGAAUGUGUGAGGCACUUCUCCAUCUUUUUACUGCUUGUAUGCUUUGGAAACAAGAUGUAGGGUUGGCCCAGAUUUCUGAAGUGUGAAAGCAGUGUAAAAGAAAUGUAGCUACAUUUGUACGUUUUCAGGAUAGAAAGUGAUACACGCCGAAGUACUAAGGUAUGCCUGCAUCUACUGUAAUAUAUGAAGCAGUUCUUGGUGUUGUUGAAACGGGAAUUGGCACAGAUUGGUGUUUGUUUUUAUACAUUCCUCUGAUGCAGGGUGGCAUGGUACUCGCAGCAGCGUAGCUAGCCACUCGGGCACACAGGGCUAUGUGCCCGGGACAGCUGCCCAUGGGGGUGGGGCAAGCCACCCAUUGGGCGAGGCGAGCUGGGGCAGGUGCCAGCCACCUCCCCUCAGCUGGAGGGUGGCUGCGGCCGGGAGAGAGGUGGCAACUGGGGCGCCCCUGCAAGCCGCGCACCACACAUAUCUCAUUCCGCUGGAGGGCGCCCCGCAGCCCUAGCGCUGCCCAUGGACUUCCUCCGCUACUGGGUAUUCCCCUUGUGGCCCCCACAACCCCUGUGGUUCUAUGAAAACAAGUUUCUUGUUUUCCUCAUGGUUGCAGAGAGCAGUUUGAUUCUUGGAUGUCAAAUAGUGCUCAAGAAUGCAAACGAAUGAGAAGAAAACAUCCUCUUUCUCAUUCCCCCACCCAAUCCCAUCCAUCCAUCUAUCUUAUCUUUAUAUUAAAAAAAUUUCUCUCUCUCCAGGGUCUUUCAAGGGUUGUAGCAGUUUCCAACUAUGGAAGUUGUUGAACAGGCUCCAGCAACUGCCGUAUUGCAUUAAACAAGUUACAAUGUGAUUUUUCCGGUCACAUUAAUCACGUGCAAUUAAGGUGCAGGAUGAGUCUCCUGUCUUCACUGUGCUUCCAUUGUGGUUGUUAGUGCUGUGCAAUAAAUCCUGAGGAACUGGUCAUUGCCUUAAACAGGAUGUGGAGAAAGGUGAACUUGAGGUCUGACAUCUUAUCACUUUAUAAUUUGGUGGGGGGGGGGGAGGGAAGCAACCUCUGAGCCAGAAAUAUAUUACUGUGAACAGGAAAUAUCUUUGCUCUGAGCCAAAAUGCGAGAAACAAAGGACAUUGAAGGAAGUCAUCAGGGAGCAUGUUUCAAACAAACAAAAGGCAGAAGGCUUUCAUACUGGUUGCUGCCUAAUUGGUCUAUGAAACACUUUGCCAUAGGGCACAGUGAAUGAAAGUCAAAUUAGUUUAACACAUGAUGUGACACAUUCUAGGUUCAGAUGUUAGGUGGAUUGGGGGUGUUUCCUGAUGUUUAGGGGAUCUGGAAGUGAACACCAGUGGAGGGAUCAUUCAAUACAAUGCUAGAGAUGGAUUGACUAUUAGUGUGAGCACCUGUUGCAGUUAUUUUGUUUUGAUAAUAAAACCAUACUGAUAAGAAUAUAAACUGUGGGCAAAUUAAAGGGAGCACAGAUGGAUUAGAUUCUUAAACUGAGGGAGGGAACUCCAAGAAAAGGCAUUGCCUUGUUGGAUCAGAUUAAAGGUCCAUUAAUUCAGCAGUCUGUCUCCAAUACUGCCCAGAUCAGUGUCUCUGGAAGUUCAAACUAUGUCAUAGCUAACCCCUGUUUGUCUCCAGGCAUUUGGUAAUUAGAAGUUUAUUUCCUGUGGUCACAGACGGUCAGAAAAGCCAGUCAUGUGACAUGGUAUGUAAACCCUUUCUACAAACAAAUCAUAGGUUAAAUAAUUUUCGGGCAAAAUGUGUAAAAUCUUAGUGGAAGCACUGUCUUCUGAAUGGGAAAGACUCCUUCUCUUUGGCAUAGGGGCACCACAAAUUAAAAGUCUCUUGUGUCUGCCCAUCUGGCUUCCAGAUGCGCCUGCUUCAGGACAAAUUAAGGUUUCCAGGGUGAAUUAGAGCUCAAUAAACUAGGCUGGGCUUCUGCAUGAGUACGCUCAUCGUUAGAUGGAACAUCCCUGUGCAACAUCUGCCAUAUUCAGACAUCAUUCUAAGCUUUCAGUCCUUCAUGAGUCGGAAUAUGUGCAAGUGGCUUUCACCUGCAUGCAGCCCCUUUUUGCCACUUUACUCUUCCCCUUUGUGCGAGUAGCAAAAAAACCCCACCAGGAUUCUGAACAUUAAUAAUAGAUUAUUGUUCAGUCUAAACCUGGAACUUAAGAUUAAGAGCUUCCAAAUGAGCCAACUUCAAAGCCCUAGUUUAAAUCUUGCUUUUAAUCCUGGCUUGUAUGGAAGCGCUUAACCAUAGUUCCCAGUCUGGACAAAUCAACAAACUAUGGUUAAGAGUCGAAUUCUGACAUGUUUUGCAAGGCAGCAGGAGAGGGGCUGCAUUCAGGUUUACACUGUGCAUAUCCUGAGCUAUGAUUGAAAGCUUAGUGUGAUAUCCAGGCAUGACCAACCUUUAUCUUCCUUUUGAUUCAGUUUUCUGGGCUCACUAUUAGAAGAGACAGCCUUAGUCCUUCAUCAUAGAUGUGGGAAUUUGUGUGCAUGUGUGUAGUAUAAAUCCCAUCUUGAUUUCCAUAGUGCUUGCUGUCUCAGCAGUAAUAUAACCUGGCUCACUUUCAUUCCCAUUUAAAGAUGGAGAACUGACUCUGACUUGACCAAAACCACCCAGUAAAGCCAUAGCAAAUGGGAGACUUAGAACCUAGGCAUAACACACUCCAAAGCUAUGCCACAGCAUCAAUGUUACUACUGCUAUUUGACUCUUACUUUGCAUCUGCUGAGUUCUAGGUGCUGUAUAGUAGUCGUCGUCGUCUUCUUUGGCGAUCACUCCUAGCCGAGUAAGAUUAUCUUCCAUAAACACGGUUUUAACAGUGAGUCCGUAAGUGAUUGUGGAGACCAAUUCUGGAUCCACACGCCCUUCCACAAAGGGGACAUAGGUUUCCGGGCGGGAGUUGAUCAUAGCGAGGGUUUGCCAAAUGUGCCUUCCUCUUAGCACGUUUCUCCCUUUCAUCCUGGGUUCGAGUGUCUUCAAAGCCCAUGGCACUUUUGGUAAAGUCUGUUCUCCAAUUGGAGCGCUCGCAGGCCAGUGUUUCCCAGUUGUCGGUGUUUAUACUACAUUUUUUAAGAUUUGCCUUGAGAGAGUCUUUAAACCGCUUUUGUUGACCACCAGCAUAACGCUUUUCAUUUUUAAGUUCGGAAUAGAAUACAGUGGUACCCCAGGCUACAUACGCUUCAGGUUACAGACGCUUCAGGUUAAAGACUCCGCUAGCCCAGAAAUAGUGCUUCAGGUUAAGAACUUUGCUUCAGGAUGAGAACAGAAAUCGGGCUCCGGCGGUGCGGCAGCAGCAGGAGGCCCCAUUAGCUAAAGUGGUGCUUCAGGUUAAGAACAGUUUCAGGUUAAGUACGGACCUCCAGAACAAAUUAAGUACUUAACCUGAGGUACCACUGUAGUUGCUUUGGAAGACGAUAAUCAGGCAUCCGUAUAGUAUUGGGGCAGGGGAGCAACACAACCCCUAACUAAAAGCUUUAAAGUCUACAUUGGAUGGAGAAGAUAAAAGUAUAGGAAGAAGAGGUCAGGACAGUUUACAUUUUAGAUGUGGGUGAGAAAGGAGAAUCCGGUAACUGAAAAAGUGCAUGUGAGGUAAGCCUAGAAGAGAGUCAAAAAAAGGCUUUGCUGAAGAAGUGGAUUGUGAGGAGGAAAUUAAAAGAAAAGAAGCAAGUGCUUCAAAAAAUGUGAAAAAAUUGUUCCAGGCAUGAAAUACCAGGGCAGAAGGUAAGAAGUUGGAAAAUGAGACAGGGAGUGUCGUCAGUAGCAGAUGAAUUUUGAUCUUGUCUAAACGUUGAUGGUCCUGCUCCCAUAUUUGGAGCGUCAGUAAAUGAACGUGAGACAUAGCUAGUCCCUAUCUCCCACAUAACGUUUUAAAGCUACGGAUCCUUCUGUUACUGAUUGCAUUCUGUGCAAUACCUAAGAUCUACAGCUUCUAAUAAUAGAAGUAAAGCUACCUCUGCAGCCCUUCAUGUGAGCCGACGUUUCAGAGGAAAUUUGCAUAAGAUAGGAAUUAGCAUCCUGGGCUGUGCCAUUUUAGACUGCAAGACAAAGGCUGUAUGUUUGAAUGGUCCCUAACAUAAAACUUCCUGCACUUAAGGGCAGUAGUAUUUUGAGAGGGUAGUUUUGGGGUCAGAAGGUUUUCCCCUGGCAGCUGGGUUUCCAUGUGUAGCUUUUCUUGGAUAUGGGGGAAACAUUCAGAAAAACAGCCCUCUCUACCUGCAUGGUGGAAUGGUUGUAUGAAAUUAGGUUUUUAAUAGGUUGUGUCUAAUCUUAGUACUCUUUGCCCUAACAAAUGCUAAAUAACAGAAUGGGGCUGAUAAAGACCUGAACUCAGAAUAUGCUCUGCCUUUCUGGGAAACAGAAUGGUGGAGCAACAUCCCUUCCCUUCCUGCUCAGAUAAUUCUGAGUGACAGCUUUCACAAUAUACCCAAUGUCAUCAGUAUCUGGCAGCCUCCCUUGUUAUGCCAUUCUAGAACUGUGUUUCUCUAGAACUACUUAAAAGGCCAUUGCAGCGUUUUAAUUCUCUCUUGUGUCACAUUUCCUGCUUUACAGGUUUGCUUCUCUUAUUUAUAUCUGAUUCAUGCCUGCCAGGUUGCAAAUUGCUAUAUAAUGGUGCCAUUCAGAUCCCAAUGGGAUUGUUUGUCCGAGGUUUGGGUUGCUGGUGUGCUAAAGAUCCAGUGCACAUUUAUUUUGAGAAGCGAAGUUGCAUUUAUUUUUGUGCUUUGGGAUUUGAAUCUAUGGCCAAGUGGGGAAAUGAGGAUUAUGGAAAAGAUCAGCAGUACCUGUGUGUCACUUUAUAUGCACGCACACAAAAUCUCUAUGUUUAGAAAUGUAAAACCUGGUACAUGAAGAAGUAUCAGAUAAAUUAUAUUGGAAGUUAAAUGUGGAUUAUUUGGAAAGAGACAGGAAGAUGUCUCUUAACUAAUAUAUAAAUGUAAUGCCUGUGUCUUAUAGUUUGGGGUAGGGGAAGUAACAAGGAAGCGAGCUGCCAAACAUUAGAGGACAGCAUUUUGCCUAUUUUGCUUUCAUUACCUACCUGGUUGGGUUGACUCUGAAGCCCAAAUGUCGCCUUAUUCCAGUAAGUAUCUCUAUCAGUUAAGGGAGCAAUCUGACUCACACUGGCGUGCCAGCUGAAGGGCCUCAGAAAGCUAAGUCCUGCUCUGCCAGUAGAGAUGGAAGUAGGCUAGCAGGUCAACAUCCCACUAGAUGUCCUCUGGCCCACAUGUGGAAAGCUCUGCUGGAAUAGGAGUUCCCAUUGGUGGAGCAGGGAGAAACAGUAUGCAUCUGAGGUGGGAACAGAGUUGUCACAUCCUAAGCCUCUUUGUUCCCUUGAUAUACCUCUGGAACUAAGGUGCUAGGGUAGUUAAUUCCCUGCUCACAGUGAGGUGGCUGGGAGAGGAUGUGGCUGUUACUCUGCCAGCAGAUCUUCUCCUUUCACCUUAGUCGAUGUAAGGUAGGAUUUAUCUGUUCAUUGGAUCUCAUUGCUAUCACCACUGUGUAUGAUAUCUUCAGCCCAGGGAUGGGGAAAAUCUUGGCGGAAUUGUAAUCGUGUCUACUAAAAAGUACUGUAUUUUUUGCUCUACAAGACGCACCAGACCACAAGACGCACCUAGUUUUUGGAGGAGGAAAACAAAAAAAAUAUUCUGAAUCUCAGAAGCCAGAACAGCAAGAGGGAUCGCUGCGCAGUGAAAGCAGCAAUCCCUCUUGCUGUUCUGGCUUCUGGGAUAGCUGUGCAGCCUGCAUUUGCUCCAUAAGACGCACGCACAUUUCCCCUUACUUUUUAGGAGGGAAAAAGUGAGUCUUAUAGAGCAAAAAAUGCGGUAGGUCCUACUGAGUUCAGUGGGGCUUACUCCUAGUUAGGCAUGCUUAGGAUUGAGGUCAUAAACAGGUUGACAGAUUAACAGUGUAAUCCUAUGCAUGUUUAGUUGGAAGUAAAUCCCACUGUAUUCAUUUGGGUUUAGGAUUGUACCUUCUUAUGCAUUUUGUUAUGCCUCUUUUAUUCAGUCUCCUAAUUGCCUACUCAUUCUCAACUUCAACCACUAGUCAGGAAAGGUAGGAAGAUUAGCUUGCAUAUGUCAGUAUAUCUGACAGUUAUCUGUUAGUUAGCAAGUGUGUGUAUAUGUGUGAAAAUUUGCUUGUUGAGCAUUUGAACAAAGAGCAUUGGAAGAAAACUGAUAGGGACUCUUGUAUGUUAUACGCAAAUGUGUCGUCUUCAUUUUAGGAUAUUUUAAGGUAAUCACAAAUGAAACAUUGACAUGUACAACUGCUUAGAUCAAGCAAGUUAGCAUGACAGCAGUUAAAUGUAAUGCUUUGUACCUGCUGUGUGUACAUUUGGCAGGGCAAACCAACUGUUGCAGAACUGUCAUCUGAUAGUUUCAUUGGUCACGUAACUACAUAAUGUGCAGGCACAGGGUUAUUAUGGUCUGAUAGCACACGAUUCUGCAAACUUUCUGAGGUUGAGCAAGCCACUGCCUUUUCAAUUUCUGGAUGGGAUGCUGCCUAUGAACUUAAUACUUGAGAGCUCUGUGUACACUUCCUUGAGCUCUGUGGAAGAAAGGUAGGAUAUAAAUGUAAUAAAUACGUAUAUGUUGAGCAAACUAGCCUUCUUCUCCCGGUGGAGAACGGGCACAGCGGCUCACCACCUGUGGUUCUCUAGUUGAUGCUGCACUACAUUACUGAUGAUUGGCCAUGCUGUCUGGAACUUACGGGACCUAUAACCCUACAGGUGCCACAGCUGUGCUUCAGGUUUUUAAUCCACAGCUAAAGCAAAGUCUUAAGUACCAUUUGCUGCAUCUGGUUCCAUUCAGUGUCAUUAUCAUUGUCUCUUCCAGCUACCCACCUGCAGUUUUAAUUUAGAUUGUAUGCUCCUUGGAUCAGGGACUUGUCGCUCCACUCUUUUACUGCUCCUUAAAUUAUGUAUAGAUGACUUACAAAUCUAUACAAAUAAUAAUGGGUGUGAUGUGUGUAAUAUUUGCACAUCUGCUUGCUACCCUGUAUCAUCUUAAGUACAGAUGUGCUUCUGCUUCCUCUCCCUAAUACAAGCCCUUAUUAUCCCAGGUAAACUUCUAAAGUUUCUUAAUUUUCACCCUUCCAGUUGGUUCUGCAUGCUCAUGGGUUAGUCUCUCGUCAUAGUAUCCCCGCUCCCUGUUCUGAGUACUUCCACAUCUGGGUCCCUGUUGGCUUCUUAGGGCUUGGGCAGUGCUGUUCCUUUCUCUAAAUCUUCCUUGGUUUUUGUAAGUAGCUUGUAACCUUUUAGCUGAGAGGUAAGAUUUUCAUACUUGUAACCGUAGGCACCUUUCUGAAUGAGUUCCUUAACCCAUAGGUCUCUUCCCUAAUCUUGCCGUCAAACCCAUCAGAUCCAAUUUUCCUAUUGCCAAACAAUCCUUCUGGUUCAGAAUGUGCCAAGCUUUCACGUAAUCAGUGCUUAUAUUAUCUUUUGCAGUUCCCUGGCUAUUGGAACCAGAACUGGGUACAGGCUUUUUUCCUUGAGUUCUGUGGAGCAGCUGGAUCAGGUCCAUGAAAGCAGUAAGUCCAUUCUGUUUUGAUACAACAAAAUAUUGGCUGAUGACAGGCAUUAUCCUGCAUUACAGCACUUUAAUCUGCCUCAAUGGAGCAAUUCCAUUUUAUCAUUCCUGCUAGAAAACAGAUGGCAUAUCUUGGCUGCGGCCUUGCUUGUGUUCAAACUGCACUAGAUGCAGCUGCGUUAAAGGGACAGUUGCCCACAAAGACAGCAUAAAACAGUGGUGGAGAUUCUUGUUUUGGACACCAGUAUGAAUCUAAAGCAGUCUUGAGCCUAUUUGCAUUAGUAGUUCAGUCCCAAUCAUUCUGCUGUGAGUUGGAGCAAAUUAAAUGCACAGCUGUGCAAUCUUCACUGACUUGUGGGGAUCGAGCCAACGUUUUAAAAUAUCCAGAGCUGUAUCUCCAGAGUAAAAAGGCGUGAUCACUACUGGGAAAACGCAGUUGUGCGGUGCAGUAAAGAGUCUGAGAAUUUAGGGGGGGGGAGGAGCUUCAAUGUGAAACAAUGACCUUUCUAUUCCUAAAGGUAGCCCAGCUGGCCCGCAGUAACUUAUGUGAAGUCCAGAUAGCUCAGUUGGUUAGACCAUGGUGCUGAUAAUGCCAAGGUUGCGAGUUUGCUCCCCAUAUGGGACAGCUGCAUAUUCUUGCUAUUGCAGGGGGUUAGACUAGAUGAUCCUCAGGGCCCCUUCCAACUCUACAAUUCUCUGAUUCUAUGUUACAUGCAGAUCCAGAAUGUGAUCUUCGUGGGUCUCUUGAAAUGCUUCCCUAGCUCUUCCAUAAGUGAUGCUGUUGAGCUGCUUUUUAAAAAAAAAUGAUCAGUGUGAUUUGAACUAAUAUUUCAGUGACCCAACCAAAAGUGCAGGGAUCAAUCACAGGGAUAUCCCGCAUGGAAUCUCCCCCGCUGCCACCCUGCAAAUAGAUUGCCAUGCUCAGGGUAUUCAGGGUUGACCUGCCCCUUCGCCCCGUUUGGUUCAUCAUAGGUGACAGCAGAGAACUGGCUACAAAACAUGCCACUGAAGCUCAAGACCAGCCUUUUGUCAAGCAUCCUCUCCUUGAAAGCCUUCAAAUAAGAGACUCUUGUUGUCACCUCAACUCUGCCUCCACCAACCCAAUGUUGAGUGAUAUAGAUGGGACAGUUUCCUUCUUUUUAACCCAAGCCUAUCAUUCUGUAGUUCAAACCCGUUGCCUUUUCUGCUGUCCUUUGGUGUAUGGCUGGUUCCCCUCUUGCUGAUGGUAGGCAUGAUCAAGUGGCUUUAUCACUUUAAUAUCAAUGGAAAUUAUAUAAGUGCUGAAAUGAAUGACUUAAAAAUGUUUACCCUUGGCUGGAUCAGGUGUUUUCCUCCAUAUAUUUCAAAAUUGCCCACACAUUUUUGCUUAAUCUUGCUGCCCCUGCCCCCCGCAACCUUCAAGCCUCCUUUGCUCACAGUUCAGUAUUUCCAUGAGGUCAUCGUAGAGAGGAGUAAAGCUGUGUUUUCAGGCACGUGGAAUAUUAUGUUCCCAUUAACAGCCUAAAGUGGCCUUUGCUUUGUAUGCCACAGAACCACAUUCUUUUUGAAGAGCUCGUAGUCUCGGGCAUGGUUCGGGCUGCAAACGCGGCAGGGAAAUGAUUUUAUAAAGCAUACUUAGAAGUGCUUAAACAAGAUUAGAAAUUCGAAAAACAAAGGGGCAAAGAUCAGCUUUCCAUUUAAAUGAAAUACACAUCCUGCGCUGUGGUUGCUGUCAUUAGCGUUUCACUUUAAAUAACUCUUUUUAAAAAGGCUUCCAUUUGGCUGCAUGCUCUUAUGCAACUUAGCAACACAAAGAUAUACAUUUGUCAGCCAAGGUCUGCCCAGUUAUUGCAGGUCAGUUUAAAACUAUGCUGAACUGUGUCCUUGGGUAGCACACUGUGACCAGAUUGUGACAAUGUACUUCAGGGCAACCUGACCUGCCAGUUUUUUUGUGGUUUUUUUGAGCCACAAGUAAAUCAUUCAGCUGCACCUUCCACAACACUGCUGAAAUCCCAUCUCUCCUGUCCUUUCCUGCAGUCACAAAUACGGUUGAUGAUAAUUUUUCUCUUCAGCUGUUUUUUUUUAACUUUGCAUAUAGGAAGAUCCAUAUUUCUACCACUUUCAGUUAUAACCUGACCCUAUGCAUACGUAAAGGUAAAGGUACCCCUGACCAUUAGGUCCAGUCGCGGACAACUCUGGGGUUGCGGCGCUCAUUUCGCUCUAUAGGCCGAGGGAGCUGCCGUUUGUCCGCAGACAGCUUCCGGGUCAUGUGGCCAGCAUGACUAAGCUGCUUCUGGCGAAUCAGAGCAGCACACGGAGACACCGUUUACCUUCCCACCGGAACGGUACCUAUUUAUCUACUUGCACUUUGACGUGCUUUCGAACUGCUAGGUGGGCAGGAGAUGGGACUGAACAACGGGAGCUCACUCCAUCGCGGGGAUUCGAACCACUGACCUUCUGAUCGGCAAGCCCUAGGCUCUGUGGUUUAGACCACAGCGCCACCCACACCCUUAUGCGUACUUACGUGGAUGUAAAUCUCACUGUGUUCAGUGGAUCCUACUCUCAAUUACAUUAUUUAGAUAAUUAAGUAGGUAUAGAUUGCAUGCAUGUAUUGUAUGUCUCCAUAAUGGCUGCCAUUGGAUGCCAGAGUAAACCAUGGUUUAAUGUUUUGAGAAAAAGCCUGUGUGACUCUUGGGCUCAUGUACAAACACCCUCCCCUUCUCUGGUGUGACUGUAAAGAGGAGAUGGGAAACUUCCAAUUUAGAUUUACUUCAAUUAAAUGUGUUGUCUGUGAUUAGACUGGGUAAACUUAAUUACUGCUAGCAGAAUCAAGCCAGCUUCAUGAACUAUGGUUUGAAGUUGACUUGUUUCCAUUAACAAUAGUUAAGGUUAAUCUGUUCAUGUGUAGGUUUGGACCACGUAGCAAGCUGCAGUUAAUCUAAAACGGAAGCGAAAGGGUUGUGGCCUCGUUGGAGAAGGAGAAGGAAGCGCAUGCACCUGAGGCUCACUGCACUUCAUUUUUGUAAUGCUAAACCAUGGUUUAGCACUAUGUCCAAAGCAGCCUAUUGUUAUUCCAGUGGAAGUGUAGGCAGGGAGAUCUACAGAAAUAUCUAAAUUUCCUUUUAAGGCCAUCCAGGCCUUAAUACAAUACAAAAAAAUAAAGUAAACAGAAUAUUGUAAAAGGACAACAUAAAUUUCACACAAAUAGAGCAGCAGCAGCAGCAAUAAAAAUCCAAUUCAAAGUACCUCCGCCUUCCCCCAAAGCCUGAGCAAGGAGGCUACAAGUUGUGUGAAGAUGUCCUUUCUUUUAUCUGUCCUGAAUCUUCCAUCAUUCAGCUUCAUUGGAUUACCCCAAGUUCUAUUAUUAUAAGGGAUGGUGAAACCCCUCUAUCUACUUCCUCCUUUUUGUCUAGUCUAUCUCUGUAUGGUGGGAAACUCCUGCUGCAAAUACCACAGACAACCCAAGUAGAUUACAUUAGGGUCCGUGGCUGGGAUCCCAUUGUUUAAAACCGGAGAUCUUUUUGCAUUCUGAAAUUCUUUUAUGGUGUCCCGCAACAUUUCUGUUGCAUUAGCUGGCAAGCAGACAUUUGAACUCACACAGUCUAAGAUUGUAAAAAAAAACAAAAAACCCUGCUUGUUUGGCUCAUGCGACUAAACAGCUGUUAGCAAAGAUAGCUUGGGUGCAGGUUGACUUUGGGACUGGGGCCAGGAAGAGAACUUUAUAAUCUAAUACUGUGUCCACUGGCCUAGAAACUUUCCCCUUUUCAGCCUUCCUUCAGGAAGGACGGGUCAUCCCUUCCAACUGUGGCUGUCAAACAGGGAAGGGAUGAGAUUAUGUACAUCUUGUCCCUUCCGUCUGGAAACCCAUUUUGUUUCCUCCCACUCGACAGAGCCUUGUAUCUCCAGGGAGGUUGUCUUAUUUUGUCAGCUUGGGCAAUUCACAUUUCCCCUUUUUGUUGGGGUGCAUGUCCCCUAAGCUAGGGGGGAGGAAAAAAAGUAUUAUUAGAGCUUAUUAUACCACACACCCCUCUCAUAGUAGGAGAACUGGCUUCUCAAGUUAGCAUCAUACAGAUACUGUAAAAGAAGCUGAUUGUAAAUUCCUUCUGGAGAUGAGCCAUUUGCCUCUGACUUCCCUAUCCCUGAAUGUGACCUAUGCAAAGUUCCGACAGCGGAGGCUAAUCUUUGGAAAACAGUUGAUGACUCAGCAUUUUGCCCUUUUGCAUAUAUGAUUCUCCUCCUCUUAGCAAGAGCUUUUCCAUCUCUUUUCAUUUCACCCCACAGAUGAAAUCCCGGAUGUUUACAUCGUAGAGCGCCUCUUCUCCAGCAGCCUGGUGGUGGUGGUGAGUCGCACAAAGCCUCGGCAGAUGAAUGUCUACCAUUUCAAGAAAGGGACCGAAAUCUGUAACUACAGUUACUCUAGCAAUAUCCUCUCUGUCCGGCUCAAUCGGCAGGUAAGAGAUUAGGGACUUUGCUCACUCUCAAGUCAUAAAGAUGUGUGAUUUGAAUUUUCUUGCUCGUACUGUUUGUGUCUUAGUCUUGCUACAUCCCUUUCAGAAGAACUAUUCCUCUUGGAUUGCAAGUAGUUAUCCAUCUCCCCCCCCCCCCCAAUAAAGUACUCCUUUUAACUCCGGGUCGGGGAACAUUGCCGGACUCCAAGCCUCACCAUCCCUUGCCAUUUGCAGUCUACCCAUCUUCUUUACAUUGCAGCAUCAUUGCAUGAUUUAGGAAGCAGGAACUGCCUUAGCCCAGCCUGGCUCUGGUUCUUACUUUAUAAAACCUUCAUAAGAUCAAAGUUUGUUUCUCUGUGCGUGUGCUGUUAUUUUUCUUGAUUGGACUCCUUAGUGGAAAACCUUAGUUUUGAAAAUGGAAGAAUCGUUUUCAAUGGAGCUGCUGGGUUCCAGCACAGUUAUUAGUUGCACAUGUUGGCAAAGCUAUAUUUUGGUUUCCAAGUGGUGAGAGGUUUUGACUGGUGGGAAGAACUAACCACCCCCCACCCCUGAAAUGUGAAUAUAGCAGAUUCCUUUGGAGCAGAGGUUCUGCUACUAAUCCUUGUUGGGUUGCAUCUUGGCCACUGGUUGUCAGCAGUGUAGCUCCUGGCUUUUGACAAAGUGUCUCAGGAUUCAUGAGUGAGGGAUUGAGGCUUCUCUAUUGCCCUGGCUAGAAGUGCAGAGUGAUUCAGCUUACACCUGUAUGUGCUGACAUUGCAUUCAGCGGUGGUUGUGCUGUAGAACAUCAAGGAACUGUCUUGCUGUAAGGGACUGAAGGCUUACUUAAAACCAGUGUUUCAAACAGUGGCUAACCAGAAGCCUCUAGGAAGUUCGCAAGCAGGGCAUAAAGAUGGUGGUCUUUCACUGUUUGUCCUGAACAUCUGGUAACCUCAGGUAUACUUUGAACAUGGAGGUUCCAUUUAUCAAUCAUGCUAUUGAUGGAUCCAGCUUCAAUGAGCUUUAUCCUUUCUAAAUCUAGCUUGUAGCCAUCACCAAAUUGGUUAAUAAUAUGUUACAUGUACUUCCUUCUGUCUGAAUCUCCUGCCAAAGAUGCUCACUCUGUGACUGUAAGAGGAAAAUGUCUCUAUUCACUCCCUCCAUGCUACAUUGAAUUUUAUGAAUAUUAUGCCUUGCUCUCUCGGUUGUCUUCUCACCCACCCUGUCGGCCCUAAAUUGAAAAGCCUCGAAUUUAUUAGCAUUUCCUAACGGGAAAGGUACUCCACUACGUUGAUUCCUAUUGUCCAAAACAAACAUCCUUACUUAAACAUGCAUAUGUAUGUGCAGGUCACAGUUCUGAAGUAAUGGCUGGUUUCUUGUGAAUUUGAAUCAGAGCCUUACUUGAACCUGUUAAUUAGCUUGCAGGUGUAAGAGCACCAGGGAUCAGGGCCUCCUUCCACAUCAGUGGUGUUGUGUCACCAGUAAAAUAGAUCCUGGGCUGGGUGUCAACACAGGAGAUUUGUUUUGAACUCUUUGUGCUGUUCACAGCCCUCAGUGGUCACUGCACACUCUGUGCUAUGUACACUUGUGUGUACAUAUUUGCUCAGCCCCCGCCCCCUUUAAAGAAAGGUACACUGCAAUUGCAACAGGUGUGUGAAGGGUUCGUGGCAGAGACAAAAAGAAAGGUUAAAGUGCUCAUCCUGAAGAGGAAAUGAAUGUAAGAUAAAGAUUUGUUUUUAGGAGUUAACAGCAGGCUUUAAAAGACAAAACAGGUAGUUGAGGACUUUGCUUUUAUAGGCAGUUGCGAAAGCUAUGUAAUUAUAAUUCUAAGUUAGAAAAUUCAAAGCUGGCAGCUAUCAUUAAAGAUGUCACGUUGGACUGCAGAAGAGGAAACUUUCCAAAAAUGAAGGAGUUGGUGCAGAGGAAGCUGAAAGGGAAAGUCAAGAGUCAAAUUUCUUCAAAACACUUAGGAGUGGUUUAAAAACUCAAUGCUAGAAGCUCGGCUACCAUGUAUGCCACAGUUCAUGAAAGUCGCCACCAGGUUUUCAGCUUCCAUGGUCAGUAACAGUAUGCACCUCUAAAUAGCAGUUGUGCUCAGCUUCCGUUUGCGAGCUUUCCAUGAGUAUUUGGUUGGUCACUGUGAGAACAGAGUGCUGGACCAGAUGGGCUUGAUCCUACAGGGCUUAUCUUAUGAUUGCCAGGGAAUAUCUUCAACUAUAGGCAUGAUGCAAACUCUUCGGUUUUCCUAGCAUUAAGUAUGAGGUGCAUGGAAAUGCCAGGGAUUUUCUGUCUGGAAGGCAUUACCGAAAUGACUCAGUGUGACCACUUGGCAAUGCUAUGCUUGGGAUUCUGUAGCUAGAAAGGGCAUAGCAGAUUCUAUAUUCUCAAAAAUCAGAGAAGCCUUGGCUUCAAGUAGCAAAGGCUAUUCCUCAAGUUAAAAAAAGAAAGAAAUCAAGGUAAGUUUUUAAUUCUAAAAUCCUGGUUUCAAAUAAAUGAUCAACACCUGUGAUGAAGUUCUUAUUAGUUUCUGGGGCCUCGGAGCUUCUGGUCAUACACUGGCAUUAUUUUGGGUGCUCAAUUUCCCCGUUUUUAAAAUACCUGCGACAUAAAUAACCCCUUCAGAGCACAGGCACAGUUUUCAUUGGCAAAAGCUGAUUGGCCAACAACAGUCUAGACUCCAUCUUUAAUCUUGGUUGAUGCCAGAUACAGGAGCAACUUGUCAUUGAUGAGGUCUUGCUGCUGUUUCCAAGGUCCAAGGCUGUUUCCUCAAAGAAACAAGACCUUUUUGUUUGCACUCUGGGAAUAUGUUAUCAUUGUCUUCUUCCCUCCUGUUCAGUGGCUGUGCGCUGCAAUCUUAUGCGUGGCCCAUCAGAUGUAGCUGCCAUUGAAUCCCCAAGUAAGUGUAGGAUUUCAAACUUAGUGUUGGUGGUUGCCGCUGCUGGAGGUGUGGAUGGGAGCAUAACUUUCCAGCCAGUCUGAUAAUGGUUAAUGCUGUGCACAUUAUCUUGACACCUGGAAGAAUAUGACAGCUAAAGCACUUUGUGUCUCUACAAACGUAAGCCCAAUUGACUUACUCUCCGGUAAGUGAGCCUAGGAUUGCAGCCUGAACCAUCAUCAUCAUUGAUAAAUGCUAGGUGCUGUAUCCGGGUUAUCUCAAGCUCAUGUUUUGAAAUACGAAAUGCUUGUUUGGAGGUUCUAGCAGGGGAGCGCAGCUAUCGUAUACCCUUGACCGAAGAACGGUACACUCCUUGGUCGUCCUCUUCCACCGAGCACGCAGCUUCGGGAGGGACGCACAUGGAGCGGUGAGGGAGGAAGGGGACACCCGCCUAGCCAGCCAGAUCAGCCGAAUCAACCCUGGCGAUCAGUGGGGUGACAGAUGUCGCAGCCAGAUCGCCCUCACAUCCUCACAGAUCUACCCACCCGGGAAGAAUGGCAGAUGAAGGUGAUGGACUACAUGGAACUGGCGGAAAUGACUGGCAGAAUCCGAGACCAGGGAGAAGAGUCGGUGGAAGAAGAUUGGAAGAAAUUUAAAGUUUAUUUACAGAAACAUUGUAAAAUUAAGGAAUGUUAGAAGGAUGUUGGAAUGAAGUAAUGUGGUUUUAGCAGAAAUGCUAUAAAGGAUUAAGAAAAAACAGAUUGUUAAAUGGUGAAAGGAGGGAAAGUAAAGUUACAUUAUAUUAAGAUAAAAUAUAGGACAAAAACUGGAAAAGAUGGAAAGGACUUGCUGAAAUAGCUAACUGAACUAGAAUACAAAACAGGGAGGUGUGAGGAGGUCAAGGAAACAAGCAAAUGAAAGAUAAGUUAUGGGAAGGUUCAUUGUAUUUUUUCCCCAUUUUUUUAUUUAACUGUUUUUAUCUUUUUAGUCUUUUUUUCUUCUUCUUUUCCUUAUUGUGAUGUAAUGUUCUGUUUUUGCUUAAUAUGCUGUUUUCUAUUUUUUCUUUUUGUAACCUUUUAAAUCUUAAUAAAUAUUAUUUUUUUAAAAAAUGAAAUACGAAAUGCUAUCUUUCAGCUUGUAGGACACACACUAAAAUGUAACGUUUAAAUAAGCUCUGGUACCCUUACUGAAGUUUCUUCUAAUUCCACCUUUUUGAGUGGAUGUGAUUUUAGGGGAAUGCUAUUUAUUCCAGGUAGAGGGCCAUUCAGGCAGAUGUAAUAGAGAGUUGUACCUUAGCUUUUGGAAUACGCUACUGUUUUAUUGCUGGAAGAUUUGAAAAAAAAGAGGUGAAAUGUAAUCUGUUUUAAGCUGACAGAUCUCCCUCUGCCACUUCGCUUCUAUAUCUUCCUAUAGUGCAAACAGUAGUUUAUCUUAGUGAUUAAGAUAAUUUUUCUUGACCAAACCAAGUUCAGCAUAGAUCAUAUCUCUUUCUGUUUGUUGUGAACACCUGAUGCCUUUUCUCCCAAGUAGAUAGUCCGAGCCGGUCUGUGAACCUUCCCAGUGCAACUGGCAUGUGCUGAUGGAAUGUUUUGAGGCCUAUCUUAUUCCUAAGCAACAACUUGUGCUUUUUUUUUUGUAUUUGCAGAGACUAAUUGUUUGCUUGGAGGAAUCUAUUUAUAUCCAUAACAUUAAGGACAUGAAGCUUCUGAAAACGAUCUUGGACACCCCUCCAAACACAACAGGUAAGGGAAUAAGCCUAGCUUUCUGUGGGGGGUGGACUUAGCACAGCUAGUCUGUAAACUCAUUGCAGGUAUCCCUAUGUCACUGGUAUGCUGUGUCAAAAAGCCCGAUGGGGUGCAUUCAUUCAAUGGAAAGGCUUUCUCUCACCUUUCUAACACCCUAAGGAAAGUCCUUUUGUAGCUCUCUGCUUCUUGGGGGUAGCUUUGUUGCUUCAUUCAGCAGUAGUAACUGAUAACCAGUUUAAAUUGGGGCAAAAGGACCUGUGGUUUUCCUUGUGCUGUGAUGGUUGCAGGGUUAAUAAAAAAAACAAGUACACGUUUCUGGGUGAUUGUGAAAUUAUCCUUUCAAGUGAAUAUGCCCUUCUUUAAGCAGCCAAAUGGAGAGUGACACUUCCUUCACUCCUCAGGGAUUAUGUAGGAAGGUUGUAAGUGAAUGCUCAGUUGGACUAAAAGAGCCCUGGGGCCAGACCGGUGCCUGCCAGGUGAUUUAGACUGCAGCUGCCGUCGGUGCUGGAGUUGUAGUCCAGACCUGGGCUGUGAUUUUGUUGCAGCAUCUGAAGGAGAUUCUUGUUUACAGCAUCUGGAGUUGCUGUGCAUCAGGCUGCUUGGUUGACCUUGGGAAAGGAAUAUCUUGACAGUGUUCAGUUCUCAGUUGGAGGCAUUAGUUAGAUUUGCACUGAUCUAACAACAUCAGGAGAGGGAGCUGGAAUGGGUUUAAGCGAACAAAAUGUUUAGUUUGGUUUAGUCCAUGCAAUGGUAAGAAGAGUGAAGUACCUCUGGCGGAUGAGGUUAAUGGGAUUUUUCCUACUCAUCUACUUGGGUGUCUUGUUAUAGAGGCAUGUGACUGUUAAAAAGAUGUGGCAGGGGUUGUACAUACACUGUGCCAAAAAAUAAAAUAAAAUCCAACCCCCCCCCCAACACAUUAAUUUCCUGUGAAGAAAAUCCAGCUACUGCAAUUGGAAUAAAUGAAAAACAAUUUGCAUGGCAUACCUUUGCUUACCUUGGAGUAUCUUGUUCUACUUUCAAUAUGAAACUUUUCAAACAACUUGAAUUGUGUGUUUAGCAAGGGAGGGCGCUAUGGAGAAGACUUGGGAAAAGAGAGGACUGUUGGAGCAAGGGAAAAGUAACCAGUGGUAGAGAAGAAACUGCCUGAUACCAGGUCAGGCUAAUUGUCCCACAAGACCAGUAUUGUCUACUGUCUUUCCCAUCAUCUGAUAAGUGUGGAGCAAAGAGCUCUUGGGGACACUGAAACUAACUUUCAGCCAGUGGAAGUUUUGCUGUUGGUUCCUCUUAAUGCCACCCAUUCGUGUCUAGAUGCUGAGAUUUCAUUAUGCAUUCCUCGCUCGGCGUGUUUCCCAUACUCUUUCCUCACUCUCCUUGCACUGGGUAACAGAGCAAGAAACUUUGAGUACUUAAUUUGGGGGACAUAAUGCUGGUUCACACACUUGCCUAGCUGUAGACUACGUGAGACUCCAUACAGAAAAGCCCCCUCCCCUGAGGCAAUGCGUAAUUCCUGCACAGUGCAUAUACACCCAUAUGGUACAUUCCUAAUUUGUGCUGUUUCACUUCACCUUUUGUGAAGUCCAGUAUGAAUGGACACUGUGUGUAGUGCCACACUGCGUAUUGUCUCACACCUAUGGUGGUUGGGUGGGUGAUGUGUACCUGCUUUUCCAGCACGUACACUGUAUUUUCAGCUACCUGGCUGUGUGUGUGAGCCAGACCGCGGGAAGCUGAGUUUUGCAGGAGAUCGCGGCAGUAUAACUGACGGCUGUCAAAGUCACUGCUGGCCAUUCUGUAUUCUGUUGCGAUGGUUGUAGUCAUCAACAAGCUCCUGGGCCUUCCAAGGCUUUGCAGCCCUCAAAUUGCUGCAAAGCCUUAGAGUUAGGAAACCUGCCCUUUUGCUUCAUCGCUUUAAGCAGCAGCCUUAGCCGGAACAUUUCUGGAGAGGACUGACCACAAUUUGAGCUGCAGCUGACUUUGACAAAAAGCCGCAAGGGAGAGGAAAUGGCAACAGCACCGUCUCCUCCCCUCGACCUGCCACCGUGCCUUUCUGUUCCUGCUCAUCUGCUUUGCUUUUGGCAGGAAGCAAGUUUGGCACUUGAUCCCAGCGAAUGACAAUCUGUUUGACACCUUCCAUGUACACAGCACACUUAAAGAACAAAAGAAGACUCCCAUGGGAACUAGAAUAGAAGAUGGGUUAUGCCCCUGCAUCAAUUGCCAGCAAACUAGAUUUUUUUUCAUUACUGUAUCUUUCCUCCCCCCCCCCCCCAAGGAAUUCCAUGGAGAAUAGGUGGUUCUCUUCUGCCCCCCUCAGAAUGAAGUUAGAAUGUAAGAAGAGCCCUGCUAGAUCAAACCAAAGCCAGAGACCCCUUUCCUAGGCUGUCCCUGCCAACUCUUAUCCCAUCAGCGUGCAGGUGAGGUUGGGGUUUUGUGUCCCAGAAUAGAUCCAUUUACAUUUGCUUCCUAUGAACCCCAUCUUCCAUUUUAAUGUCCAUUUCCCCAGCUUGGAGGAAUCCUUUUUGAGCUCUGUGCUGUUCUUUUUUUUUUUUUUUUGCUCCCCUAAAUGUGUCAUCAGCAAAGUUGAUCAACUCACUGCUCACCCCUAAACUCCACAUCAUUUAUGAACAAGUUAUAAAGCACUGAAGUUGGUUAGGCUGAGGUAUAGAGACGGGUCCAAGGUCACCCAGGGGAACAUCAUGGCUGAGAGGGGAUUUGAAGUCCUACUGAAGAAACACGUGAGGAGGGAGUGUGCUUCCCGUUGGGCAGCAUUGGUAGAGGAAGAUCACGUUCUGGGUAACCCAGAAUGAAGAUGGUGUAUUUUGGGGGCCCCUGCAAGGACAGCCAGACAGGGUCAUUUUGUUGGGCAUCUGAGACGAGCUAGAUAAAGUAGUGCCUUCCCCAAUGCUUCCAGCCUUGACUCAGUGGAUUUCCCCACUAUUUUAGGGUGGGAUUCAGUUGCAAACUGGCAAAUUCAGGUUGCAUAAUUAAUUUUGAUUUGGUGCUCUUGCACAGCAAGCCUGUGUCUCCAGACAGGUUGGACUUCUGGAGAUGAUGGGGAAUUGUGGGAUAACAGUUUCUUGAUGGAGUGUCGUAUAACUUCCCUGCAAUCAAAGGGGAAUGAAUGUUCAGUGAAUAACUGGUGUUGCUGAGAAACAGGUCCUUAGGAAGCAACCAGUGAUGCAGUUCACAUGUAGCCAAUAAAUGCCUGGUUGGUUCCUUGGGAAGUCACUCUUGGACUCCAGAUUGACCUCAUUCUGGCUCUUAACAGAUGGCCUCUCAUGGAGAUUAAACCCAUUGAAAGCUUUGGAUGUGAUUAUAUUUUUAAAAUCCUCCACUACAGCUCCCAAAGGCAUAAACAUCCACUGGCCUGGGGCUUUGAAACAAGACAGCAGUUCAUUUAAGGUUCAAAAUUAUUGAAAGAAGUUAAUUAUGCUUUGCCAAAGAGGCUCCAGCAUGAUCAUGUUUGUUUUCAUUGCUUUUUUUCUUUUACUGAAGUCUCUAAGUAAAAUCUAUAGGCCUUACUCCCAAAUGCCUCUGUAUUAGUUGCCGCUGAAAGGCUCUGCAGACAGGGAGACAACUCUAUUCCUUUUAUCACUGAUAGCGUUGUGACAUUAAACCCAUGGGCUGGCAUUGUUGUGGAUUUUUUUAAGCUUUAUAUAGAUAUGGAAGAGUGGUGAAUUUAAUUCACAUGGGUGGAAGAAUUGAAAGAGCAAAAGUGUGGGCUCCCAGAGACGAUAUAAUGGCUCCUUUGCUACACCCUAGUGUUCUGUUGCUGCACUAACCCAAGCCUUUUUUGCUUUAGGAUCUCUUCCAAAGCUAGCCUUGUGUUAAAUAAUUUUAACAAUAAUUUAAUAAUAAUAAUUUUAUUAUUUAUUAUUUUACAAGCUGUAAACUGUAGGACAAACCUUGGUUCUAGUUUAUGGUUUGUUUGGAGAAAGCUAAACCACAAACCUGGGUUUUGAUUACACACUAAGCAUAACCGCACUUUUGCUCAGCAUAGCACAGCAGCAAAAGGAUUGGGGCAUAAAUAGCAAAGUGGCUGCGGUUUCUCCAGAAGCCCACACGUUGGCUUGUUCAUGCCAGUCCUUGGUUUGACUUUGUGUUUCUUGCAAACCAGACCUCUAUAUGAGUUUUAGAAACACAAUGAGGAAAUUUGUUUACAGGACCUCUAACCUGUUUUUUUGAGAGCCAGGCUGGAGGUUUUGAGAUAUGUGGAGGUUCACAUUUGUUGUCUUUGCUCUAGAGCAAAAAAAUGAUAAAUUCUAAGUUUGCCAUCUCUUCCUGUGAGUAACUUUAAUGGUGGUAAGGCUGAGAGUUUGAUUCUGUUCUGCUUGUGCCCUGUUGACACACUAGCAAGCCAACUCUGCUCUUGCAAAGGCGACUCUUCCAGUGGGUCUGUUUUUGGAGUAAAUUCCGGUCGCUUCCGGAUGACCUGCUUAAUGAGCAUUCAGCCUGAUUUGUUUGCAGAGAGAUUAGCCAAAGUUGCGUCAAGCAAGUGUUACCCCAGUCUUAUCAGUGCAUUUUCUCAUCCCUUUUUAGAAAAAGUCCAAUAUUUUGGGGAAGCGUGUUUAAUUUUGCCAGAGCUCUAAAUCAGCUUACAUGGCGCAGCCUGAAUCUACGGAGAUGUGAUUGAAUUCCACCCCUAAAUAGUGACCACCUGGAAGAAUCUCCAUGUCUUGUUGUUAGGACUUCUUUAGUUUCCUCUAACUGCACACCUUAUAAGAGCACCCUCUGGCGGUGUAGCUACUUUUUCUUAUUCUGUAAAAGGCUCCAUAUGACAAAUAAUUUGCUUUCAAGCCUGCCACUAAUGCCCUUUUCCAGUUUGCUGCUCCUAGGCCAACUGGGUUUGGUCCUGAAGCCUGUAUCUCCCAGACUUUGGGGGCAGAUUUGCAAUCAGAAUCUUCUGCUGUUACAUGUUUGGCUGCUCCCUCUAGGAGAGAACAUUCUGUAUUGUCCAAGUACAUCCUUACCACUCAUACAUGGGGACAGGACCACUGUGACAUUUAUAAACAUCGGCGAGGGUAUGUUUGCCAAUAGACCUGAAGCUCUGUUCCAGGAAGGUAAAGAAUUGUGUUCUCUCUUUUUUUUAGUGGAGAAAUUGUGCGGUGCUGGACUAAACAGAUUCCUUUGGAAAGCCCCCAGAGUAGUUUUAAGACAGUGUCUUUAGUGAGGAAGGACCAUGGUUCAGUGGUAGUAUAUCUGCUUUGCAUGCAGGAAGUUCCGGGUUCAAUCCUCAGCAUCUCCAGAUAGGACGGGAAAAGUUCCUCUCUGAAACCCCGGAAAGCUUCUACCAGUCCGUAUAGACAAUACUGUGUGACAUGAUACAAGGCAGUUUCCUAUGUUCCUGUGUUCUAUUAAUCCCCCCGCUUUUGUCUACACAAAGUACAGCCCCUCCUCUGAGAUCUCAUGUACAGCAGGUCCUUUGUCUUAAACUGGGCUUGUUUUGCCUGGUGCAAAAUCCCGCCACCCCCCAUUAGUGGCUAGUGUGCAGAGAUGACACCAAAAUAGGCAGAGGGAGGCAACUGACCAUGACCCUCAAACUUUCAAGUUAAUUUAGGUUAGGGAUGCACAAAUACAGAAUUCAUGUUUGGGGUUUGCUGGCCUUUCAAGGGCUCAUGGCCCAGCCAGGUGGAGGAGAUGGGCAGGGUGGGGGGGCAUUCUUUCUUUAGCAUUUGGGGUGCAAGCCCAUGGCCUCUUUAGGGCGGCACAUGCAGUUGAUGCUCCCUCUCUAGAACAGAACAUCUGGCUUAGCCCUGGUUCGGGAGAAGGAUGCUCAUAUGAACUAGUCUCUCUUGUACUUAUUCUGCACCUUUGAAAUAUUUUGCAAGGAAAGUCUGGAGGAUUUUGUUUCUGCCGCUUGUGGAAACUAGUUCUUAGGACAUCCUAGGAAUAAUAAAGAAGGCAGCCAUUCAUCUUUCUUUUUUGCAGCCUUGCACUUAGUCCCUUCAUGAAGUCAACUCUGUAGACCUGAGCUCUUUCCCAGGCCCUUCACAGCUUGUUUUCCUGCUCGGCUGUCCCGGACAAAACCUCUAGCUGGGCCUGCUGACUCACAGCGCUGCUGACUGAGUUUGUUUAGCUUCGGAAUUCUCUCGAUCCUCAGUCAUCUCCAAAGGGCUUCAGGAAAUAGGCUCUGCUGAAUGUUCUUUCUACAGACCACAAGCCCAGAGACUUCCUUUUCAAGAUUUUCCCUGGCAGUUGUCUGGCUUGCAUGCUACAAAAGCCAGUUUCUUUGUGAUGUGGCGCAUCCAGCUCCCUUAAAAUGCAUGCCUUGCAAAUGUGGCACUUAUCUCAGAUGUUCCUUGUUUGGUGUUGGAAUUGUUCUUCGUGAUCUUAGUCAUAUAUACCGACAGAUGCAUUCACCUUAAGCUGCUGCAGUGCUGCAGUAGUAUAGCUGGAGAGGGAUAGCCUACCUAGUGUUAUCUACUCCUUGGAAACCUCUAGAUUGGAUUCCUGCAGUGUGUUGUACGUGGGGUUGCCCUUGAAAACCUGUUUGGAAAAUGCAGAAUUCUCACACUACUCUGUUGCAUAUAGCACCAAUUUUGGCACAGCUGCACUGGCUACCAGUUAGUUUCUGGGAUACAGUCAUACCUCAUGUUAUGUUUGCUUCAUGUUACGUUUUUUCAGGUUGCUUCCCGCGGCGACCUGGAAGUACCGGAAAGGGUUACCUCCGGGUUUCGCUUCUUGCAUGUGCGCAGUAGCGCUAAAUCGCGCUUCGCGCAGUAGCACCAAAUCACGUGGCACACCUGCGCAGAUAUGGCACUUCAGGUUGCGGGCUUUUCAUGUUGCGAACGGGCCUCCAGAAUGGAUCCCGUUCGCAACCAGAGGUACCACUGUAAAUUUAAAGUGCUGGUUUGGAACCUAGGAAGCCUAACGUGGCUCAGGACCCCAAUACCUGUCUCUUUCUACGUGAACUAACCCAGACCCGGCAUUUGUCUUCGGAGGCUCUUCUCCAUGUGCCCCUGCAAGGGAGGAGUAGAGGGUGGAGGUUUGAGACCAGGCCUUUUGCAUGGUGGCUCCCCACUUGCAAAACACUGUCCCCCAGGAGACACACCUGGCAUUGUCUGCUUUUAAGUGCCAGACAGAAGCUUUUUUGGAGAGUAAUUAGGUGAGUUUUUAGCUUUUUUUGUGUGCUCCCCAUUUUAGUGUGGGGGGGGGGAGUGUAUUUGUAUUUUUGCAUCCAUAUUUAUGGACAAGUGUUUCAGGUUCUUCUUUUACAGUGGUACCUUGGGUUACAUACGCUUCAGGUUACAUACGCUUCAGGUUACAGACUCCGCUAACCCAGAAAUAGUACUUCGGGUUAAGAACUUUACUUCAGGAUAAGAACAGAAAUCGUGCUCCGGUUGUGUGGCGGCAGCAGGAGGCCCCAAUAGCUAAAGUGCUGCUUCAGGUUAAGAACAGUUUCAGGUUAAGAACAGACCUCCGGAACGAAUUAAGUACUUAACCUGAGGUACCACUGUACUCUUGUUCCUCUGUUUGGUUUUAAUGUUUCUCAUUUCUCUUCUUUCAUUAAAUGCUGAGAUAACUUGGUGUAAAACGCUGCAGGUAAACAUAGGGUGAAAUUCAGCGUUGUGUUCUUCCAGUUGUUUAAUCUGCACAAGUAUUCUAGCUUACCAGACAUAACGAGAAUGCCUCUCCUUCUCUGUGCGCUGUCCUGGGGCUUCGUCCGAGCCAGUUUCAGCGGGAAGAGAUGGGGGAGGGGGGUAGAGAAAGCUCCAUUAUACAAGUGGAAGUCCUUGUCCAGGCCUCCCUCUGACAGGGCUGGUUAGAUGAAUCCCACCCAUAAUAAAUCAUAAAUAUAUGUCUGAUGCAACUGUUAGGCUUUUGCUUGCUAUUUCUCUGUCUGGGGGAAACAUGGCAACUCUGAGUCAUUCUAAACGUCAGGUAACAGCUCGGCUGCUCAACGAUGCCUCCAUUCCCCACUCUGACGAAACUCAAAACCAGGGCGGGUUCACCUUUGGCCCUCCAGAUGUUUUCGGACCACAGCUUCCAUCAUUCCUGAUCAUUGGCCAUGCAGCCUGGGGCAUGAUGGGAGUUGGAGUCUGAAAGGUCCCGGGUUCCCAGUCCCUCUUCAAGAUUUCCUCCGCCAUUUCUUUUCUGCCUUGCGUUCUUUUUCUUUCUUUUUUUGCAGCAGAAGAGAAUCAGGUGGCUGGUGGAUGACAAGGGCCGGAUAAAUAUCGCUGUUAGGAGAUGCUGCCAGAGCUCUCGGUCAUGAUGUCAGACAAUAGCUGUGCCGAGCAGAGGCUUUGCUGCUCUUGGGGUCUUGCCAAGGCAGCAUAGCCUGGCACCAGUGUUUGUCUGAAAAACACACAUGGUCCUAUUUCCUGUCCAAGAGUUGUACACACCAUCUCUUUGGGAUGCCUACAGGCUUUUUAAUAACUCUGAAAAGGCCAUCAAAGGAGGUUCCUGGCGUUUCUUGUAUGUACCUGCUUACAGAUCGUCUCUUCUUGUUGCUGUGAUAUGUCAACAGUGGCUGCAGCAGGCUUAAUAAGGGGCUUCUUGGACCCAGUGAUUCUCAGUGUUUUCGUUACCACAUAGAAUCCUAUUUUGGCAUUGAGCUGUUUUGAAUUAAUAGAUAAUAUUAGACUUCACAUAAAAUUCAUUUUAAAAAAGGAGUAUUGUUCUUUGAAAUGAAGAGCUGGUGGUAAGCCUACUCAUGUCUCCUGAUCUUUCCUUUGUUAUUCCGAAAGUUUUUAGAGCACUUCGAAAUCUCUGUGAUGGAACAAGCAGUACAUAAUGUCAUUUGGGCCUUGUUCUCACUGAGGUGUUAAAUUGCACGUGGCCUGUACCAUUGACUGCAAGAUGAACUGUUUAAUAACAAUAAUAAUGACAACAACCAUUUUAUUUAUAGGCCACCCAUCUGACUGGGUUGCCCCAGCCACUCUGGGAGGCUCUCAGCAAAAUAUUAAAAACACAAGAAAGCAUCAACCUUUAGAAACUUCCCUGAACAGGGCUGCUUUCAGAUGUCUUCUGAAAGUCAAAUGGUUGUUUAUCUGCUCUCUGUGGGGAGGAAAAGAGACUCCUAAGAAUAGCCAGCCUGAAGCACUACUCCCAGACACCCUAGUUAGUUAGAUCUGUCUGCUGGGAAAUUAUUUUCCGCAAUAGAUCUUUCUAUCCUGUGACACACACACGUAAUACAGUUUGAAGUGGGACAUUCAUUCCAGAUGUGGGCUUAUUCACUUGAAUGAGAGCCUGGCCUUUUGUCACUUGCCCUUUCCGAAUAUCGUGACGUGGUGCCUGCCAAGGAGAGGAAGCGGGCUGUGCCACAAGAAAGAGGGCCAGUCUUCCAAGGGGUCGCUUUCCUGACUUCCAGCUUUACAUGCAGAGUUCACUUGAGGACUCUGGGAAGCAGUGUCUGUGGGCUUUUUCUCUCAUCAUUGUAGAGGAAAUGUUUUAUGCUGCGUAUGCGUCUUUCUGCCCUUCUCUGAACCCAUGCUUUCCCAAAGUGGAAUCCCUGGCACCGCCAUGGUGUGUGUGUGUGUUUGUGUCUCUGGUUUGGGAUCCCUUCCCAUUCCUUACAGGCAUUUAAGACUGCAACUCUGUGCUGUUGGCUUUCCUCUACCAGCAUAAAGUGGUUUGGAUGAAAGAAAAUCAGGGUCACCAGUGCACAUGCAUGUGCCUGCAGAGGAUGCAUUUCCUGGUACCCUCAAAGUCACCCCCCUACUAAAAGAAGCAUUCUAUUGCAGACCGUUGAAUAGGGGUGUGUGUAUGAUGGCCGCAACAGUUUAUCAACCAAUUUAUGAAGGCACAUUUGUCAGCCACUGAAGUAUAAUGUCUCCAGCUGGCCAUUAGUGGUCAGUUUGUCUCCCCCUCUGGUUUUUCAGGGAGGGAAACCCCUGGGGGAACUUUUGAAAAGGGACUUGCAUUGUGUCAUCCCUAAUCUGAACCCAUUUUGGGCGGAAGAGAGCCAGUUUGUUUGUUUGCAACCUUUUCCAAAAAUAAAAAAUGACUAGGCAGAUUAAAAAAUGUAGUGAAGAUGCAAUGAUGAUAAGGAAAGACAUUUUCUCUUCUUCUUUACAAGAAAAUGGCAGCCCCUUGGAAAAGCUUGCUGGGGGAUGGCCAGGGCUGUACAGUGGUACCUCGGGUUAAGAACUUAAUUCGUUCUGGAGGUCCGUGCUUAACCUGAAACUGUUCUUAACCUGAAGCACUACUUUAGCUAAUGGGGCCUCCUCCUGCUGCCGCCAUGCUGCCGGCGCACGAUUUCUGUUCUCAUCCUGAAGCAAAGUUCUUAACCUGAGGUACUAUUUCUGGGUUAGCGGAGUCUGUAACCUGAAGCGUCUGUAACUCGAGGUACCACUGUAUAGAGAAGUGUCUGCCUGUCAUCUCUAAUGAUGGGGGAGGUUUAGCAUUGCUAGCCUCCAUUCAGAAAUCUGUGGAGGCAGGGGCAAUAAUGGCAAGGUUGUUCUCACUGUGUGUUAGUGGCAAGUUCUCCAUGUCAUUCCAGGUGCAUGCAAGAUGCUUAGAAGUGGCUGCCUUAGGGGUCAAAGGAGUCAAAGGAAAACCACUUGCGUCUUCCCUGCACAGCAACAAAUGCUCUCCCUGUCCUCCACAUCCAAAGGAACUCAUUGUUUUCCCAUUUUGCACACCACACCAUGAAAAUCGCCCUUGCCAACAGCUUUCUGAAGGAUUCCGGGGCUAUCUCUCUGGUGAUCUCCAAAACAGAAAGGCUGCGCCGUUUUUAAGGGCAUAAUAUGAAGCAAGGGGCUGGUUUGUGUAAAAAAAAAAAGGAGACGGGGAGCGAUUGAGAAUGGGGUGUUUUAUUGACAAAAUAGUCUUUUUGUAUUGUGCAUGGAGCUGUGCCCUCACUUGCCUGCAGGUGUCGCCAGAGUCAGAGAGAUUUCCUGUUGCAGGUGAGGAGUCACCUCAGCCUGCAUCUACAACAGGGGGCAGCAGACUUUUCCAGCAGGGGGCCAGUCCACUGUCCCUCAGACCUUGUGGGGGGCCAGACUAUAUUUUGAAAAAAAAUAUAUGAACGAAUUCCUAUGCCCCACAAAUAACCCAGAGAUGCAUUGUAAAUAAAAGCACACAUUUUACUCAUCUAAAAACACGCUGAUUCCCAGACCGUCUGCGGGCCAGAUCCGGCCCUUGGGCCUUAGUUUGCCUACCCAUGUUCUAGGCCAUGGGUAGGCAAACUAAGGCCCGGGGGCCGGAUCUGGCCCAAUCGCCUUCUAAAUCCGGCCCACGGACGGUCCGGUAAUCAGCAUGUUUUUACAUGAGUAGAAUGUGUGCUUUUAUUUAAAAUGCAUCUCUGGGUUAUUUGUGGGGCAUAGGAAUUUGUUCAUUAUUUUCUUCUUCAAAAUAUAAUCCGCCCCCCCCCCACAAGGUCCGAGGGACAGUAGACAGGCCCCCUGCUGAAAAAGUUUGCUGACCCCUGAUCUAGAAGUGCCAGCAAUGGGACCAGUUGCAUUUUUCCCAGCAGGAAGCUCUCUCCUUCUGCCGCUGUCCAUAAAACACCCUGCCCAUACCAGGAGCUCACCAUCUCUGCCUGACAAUGCAAUUUGUUUCCCUCCACCUCUAGGUUUGUGUGCACUUUCUAUCAACCAUUCCAAUUCCUACUUGGCAUACCCCGGCAGCACGACCGUUGGCGAGAUUGUGCUGUACGACGGAAAUAAUUUGGUAGGUAGAAAGGAAUCUCUCAAUCUGAGCUCUGGGGGCCCAUGUUCUCUGGAACUGUUUCACUUCAACAGGCCCUAAAUAUUCUUUUAAAUCAGGCUCCUGGAGCAUGGGAAACCUACCUUAUACCAAGUCAGACCAAGGGUUUGUGUAGCUCAGGCUUGUCUGCAAUAGCUGGCAGUGUCUUCCCUUUUUUGCCAUUUUUUUUCCUUUUCAGUUUAAAUUAAAUCAAAUUAAUUCAGAUUUAAAAGUUGACUUCCUGUCCCACCCAUAUUUGCCGCUCAAUGUUACAAGUAUUUCCAAAUUGCAUUUUAAAAAACCGUAUGUUUUUAUUUUGAAAUUCAUUUGUAAUUUUCACUUUUACAAAUUUUUCAAAUUCACCAAAAAAACUGCAUUAAUCAUUGACUUCCCCUCCCCCUUUUCAUGGUUUGUUCUAGUUAUCCUCUGCUGCUGCGUAUUCUAGUUACUCCGUAUUAUUUCUUUCCCAUUUUAUCUCAGCUUAAUUUAUACUGCUAGAUUUACUCUAAUCCUGUGAUUCCUCUAAUUACAAAUAUUCUACAAACAAUUUCCAGUCUUCCUUAAAUUCUCUUUCUUCCUGAUCUCUUAUUCUGUUAGUUAGGCUUGCCGUUUCUACAUAUUCCAUCAAUUUUGUAUGCCAUUCCUCCUUCGUUGGUAUCCUUCCCUCCCUCCAUUUUAAAAAAUCUAACAUAUUGUAGCAUUUACCCCCUCAUCUUCAUUUCCCCUUGGCUGCUCUUUUUGACUUCCUGCUAGACCUUUACUUAACUACAGCAUACUCCCAAAUACCAAUAAGAGUUACUCUUCACUUUGUCAGCCCUCAUAAAUCUUUAGUUAUCAAUAAUUGCCCACUGUUUUUCAUGUACAAACGUCUGACUGGUUCCAAGGCAGUGCCUUCAUAGCAUUUCAGAUGGGGCCCUCAGCCAGCUUUUCUUGGUGAUUCUGGUGGUCGAACAAUGCCCGUGGUUGAACCUGCAACCUUCUGCACGCAGAGUAGAUGUUCUGGUACUGAGCUCAUCAGAGCUGCAUGUAUGUGCAUAAUUGAAGUAAAAAUAAAACAAGGGAGACUGACGUCUCGGUGGGCGCUGCCAGACUGAUGCUAUUCUCAGGUGGGGUUGAGUCUCAUCCCAGCAAAUCCAGGUCACACAGCUGUAGUCGACUGGGAGUUCUUGCGCAACGAACCCACUUCCGCCAAAGUCUGGACUUUUUGCAGUAAGGAAAGUGAUGGGGAGAUAGGUGUGACGCUUGCUUUGAUGCAACGCCAUCUGACCUCCAUGCAAACACAUACGGAUGAAAGCUCAACAAGCAGCUUGUCAGGGAGCACCCUGAUUCUCUGUGCCUUGACUAUUCAAGUGCUAUCAUUGGGGGCAUUCUGCGCCCUUAGCCGAUGAAGCCUUAAUUUUGCCAUAGCUAAGGAAGGAGCAUGGAGCUGAUGCUCAUUGGGUAACCUUCCGUCAAUCACCAGCUCUUAGGCUAGCCUACCUCACAGGGCUGUUGUAGGGAUGAAUUGAGGAGGGGGAGAACCAAAUAUGCAACAUUGAGCUCCUUGGGAGGGAAAAUGGGGAUAUAAAUGCAAUAAAUUAUGCAAUUAACGCAAUUAAUAAAAUACUUUUGCUUACAACACUACUAAUCUGUCUACACAUUUUUGAAGAAAAACUGGAAAUCCUACCCUUCUCCCAGGCCUUUUUUUUUUUUUGGCUCACACUUAAACUGUUUACCUUCCCAUUAACAGAGGGACGUCUGUUCAAUUUCUGCCCACGAUGGGCCCCUCGCUGCCCUGGCCUUCAACUCCACAGGGUCAAAACUAGCAAGUGCUUCUGAAAAGGUAAGUGAGCAAAAUUUCUACCACUGGAGAGAAUUACAAUUGGCACUUGUGUUUUCCCUGAGGAGCAAAAACGAGUGUUGUGUUUACCAUUUGAAUCCUUUGGCAAAUUAGUUACUCACCCUAGGCAAAAGUUUCUGGUAUUUCACUUAGGGUUUUUUCCCCUCUUCCAUUUUAAGCUUAUGCCCGCUUGCCUUGUCGUCAGCACAGAGAAAUGUAUUCAAAAGUUUGCAUGUUUUAUAAGUCCGUUUUGAGGAGGAGCCAUUGGCGUUAAAAUACUAAUUUAAAGAGAAAGCUGGCAAAGGAGUAACCAUCUUGCAUGUGGCUACAUGUACCAGAAGAACUGGCAUUCAGUACUGUUCCUAGAAACUGCUGCAGACUAAGCCUGCUUGCUUUCAAGUAAGUUCCACUGAAAUCAGUGGGGCUUGCUUCUAGGUCAUAAUUGAGGUGUAAGCCCCCAAAUUUAAGCAAACUUGUAAAUUAAUCCAAAGUAUGUUUACUCGGAUGUAAAUCCUGCUGAGGUCAGUGGUGCUUGCUGCCAAGUCAUUUGUGCUUAGAACUUCAGCCUUAGUUGCAAGUUCCAAUGAAAGCAGUGGCUUCUAUGUAGUCUUUCUUAGGAUCACAGUACCUAUCCUAAUACUGUUUGUGAGUGCUAGGUAAAGGUAAAGGGAUCCCUGACCAUUAGGUCCAGUCGUGACCGACUCUGGGGUUGCACCGCUCAUCUUGCUUUAUUGGCAGAGGGAGCCGGCGUACAGCUUCCGGGUCAUGUGGCCAGCAUGACUAAGCCACUUCUGGCGAACCAGAGCAGCGCACGGAAAUGCCGUUUACCUUCCCGCAAACUAUUUAUCUCCUUGCACUUUGAUGCGCUUUCGAACUGCUAGGUUGGCAGGAGCAGGGACCGAGCAACGGGAGCUCACCCCGUCGCGGGGAUUCAAACCUUCUUAUCGGCAAGUCCUAGGCUCUGUGGUUUAACCCACAGCGCCACCCGUGUCCCUCGUUUGUGAGUGCUAGGAAAUAAUUUAUUCUCGUGUGUGUGUGUGUGUGUGUGUGUGUGUGUACAUGUACAUGUACUGAAUGUCCAUGCCGGAAUAAUUGUAGCAUCUCCUCUGUGAAGGCAGCUGGUCCUUGCAACCUGAUGGCUAUGUGACUUUCAUGCCUUACCUGUUUUCCUUCAGGGGACCGUCAUUCGGGUGUUUUCCAUCCCUGAGGGGCAAAAGGUCUAUGAAUUCAGAAGAGGAAUGAAGAGGUCAGUGCUACACUCAUCAGUGGCUCUUUUUCUUCUUCUUUUUUGGCCCCAUAUGAAAUGCACGCCCUGCUACCUAGGAGGGUCCUUACCUAGGAAAUGUUUCGGGAACACUCUCCAAAACACAUGGGAGGGCCUGUUGCCUUUCCUUGCUUUCACAGCCAUUGAACGCAACACAUUUGAGAAACAGUAUGAUUGGUGUGGGAGUUUCUGGUAUCACACCUGGCUGGUCCAGUACCAUUGAGGUUUUCACUGGUACACAGCGAGUGCCUUCAUUGGGCGUAACUGUGGGAAAAUCACUGCUUAGGGACGCAAGUACAGGAGAGGUAUAAAAUAGGGUGAAGUACUUUAGGGAUCUUUUUUCCCCACUGUGCUUUUUAAAAUACCGGUCCAUUCUUGCAAGGUGUGCCAAUGGUCAGAGGCUAUUUGAAAACCUAGUACGGGAGCCAGAAUAAUAUGCAGUAUUAUCCCCAUGUAACAGGUUUGCAGGGGCUGAGGCAUUGUGGCUUACAGUAAAUGAAUUAAUGGCUGAGCUGAGAUUUUGAAAUGAGGGCUACAGCCCAUUCUCUUUUCCAGUGCUACACCACAUUCACUCAUUGUUGGAUCCCUAGCUGUAGGACACACAGACCAGCAGCAGGAUAUGAUUUGAUCAUAUCACGUUCAUUUCCACCACUACCUCCACCCUGCAGAUCUCUCAGAUCUGCUUAUUUUGGCCACGGCCUAGCACGGCCUGACCUCCUUUUUGUUUUUGUGUCAGCUGCAGCAAUCCUCUUUCCUUCCCUUGGGCUUAGGUACGUGAACAUCAGCUCCCUGGUGUUCAGUAUGGACUCGCAAUUCUUGUGUGCGUCAAGCAACACCGAGACCGUUCACAUCUUUAAGCUGGAACAUCUCACAGACAGGUGGGUAUCCAAACAGAGCCGCGUAGGCUGUGGGGAGUCUUAGCUGCAGUGAGAUUCAGCCCUGGCCCAGCAAAGCUAUGGGAAGAAUGGGAAAACGUGGCUCAUGCAUAUCCAAGCCAUCACUGUCAGUUGGCCCCAGGGUAUGCGAUUUCAGCACAUACUUGUCAUUUCCAUCAAGUUACUGGUUGUUGUCUUUCUUUUUUUAAAUGGGCCCAUGUUGUUUAGACAAAGUUGUGAUGCCACACAGUGGGGUGAACCUGUGGCUGAGAAUUGGGAUUGUUAGGACAGGAGACAGGAAUCAAGAGCAUGCCUUGAUUGUUGUGGCAGCACUCCAGGAGCCAGGAAGAACAGAACUGAAGGAGCCUGGGACCAGAAUUGAGGGUGAAGGUGGAUCUGGGGUGUGCUAGACCCAGGAAACUGCUCCAGCAUCCAGCCCAAGGUCCAGCUUCCAGGCCACAAUAUUUAUUCCAGACAUUUGUUGGAGAGAGGCAGUGUCGUUGCAACUCUGCGACCAGCACAAGUCUGCAAAGGGCUUGCGUCUGUUUCUGCCUUCAGUUGUUUCUGGGCCAAGUGUCUGUUUGCAAAACCAGUAACUUCAGUUCAAGAAUUGCUGUUUGUAGCAGGGGCAGCUAUCUUUGGCUGUAUAUGGACAUUGUGCAUCACCCAAUGGUAGCCUGGGUGCAGUUUUGGUAUCUGUGAAAAAGAUAGCUGCCAUCUUUGUCUCUGGAUAACUUCAAGUCUGUUUUGAAGCAAUGACUAUUAGAGUAGCCAUCCACAGCGCUGGUGUCCUCCACACAUUUUGAACUACAGCUCCCAUAAUUCCUGACCAUUGGCCAUGCUGACUGAGGCUGAUGGGAAUGGAGUGCAAGGUCAUCAGAGGGCGCUAGGUUGGGGGAGGCUAGGCCAAAGAUUACUAGGGAGGAAAACUGGAAUUGUCUUGGGUGGAACUGAGCCUCUUUAACAUAAUGCACAUUAUCCAGGAUAAAUGUUGAAAAUAGAUAACGUAUGCAGAAGCCCUGAGAAAUGAUUGGCUGUCACUGAUAACUGCUUCCCGUGGUAGAUUUAAAGUUAGAACACAACCCUUUGCUUAGUACAGACUUGUUUUUAGCUAUUCAUUAGUGUUUGGGUAAGAAGGUACAUUCAUAAUGGCUUUCUGUGAAAUGGGGUUUUAUUGUACAGGCUGUAUCUUAACAGAUCACUGCAUUCACUUCCCAGCAUAGGAGUGUUUUGCCCAGUUAUCAUUGGGACACACAGUGGCUUAUAGCACUGUUGCCUAAAUAUACUCGUUCUUGUUGGAGCAGACAAGUUAGCUCAAGCAAGCACAGCUGUGCCGGCAUUAUAGAUGACGAAACUUCACACACAGUUGGACAGCUGAUACAAUUUUAACUUGCAUGUAGAUUUAUGGUUUGACUUUAUUGGCAAUUAUAUCGUGCCACGUUGCACUUUAAUAAGUUGUAGAUUCGUGUAUGCCCCGAGGUUCUUAUACUCUUAAAAUGCUGACACUGAGGGAAACUCCCAAGGGGGAAAGAAGAAUUAGCAAAGGAUGAAUAGGAGCCAGGGAAGUUGCAUGUAUGUAGCCUUGAGGGGUUUAGGACCACGCUGUUGCAUUGAUGCUGCCUGGUCUAGAUACUAGACUAAGAAUCUCAGUGCCUGCUGCUUUGUUUCUCUUAGCCGGCCGGAAGAACCCCCGUCCUGGAGCGGCUACAUGGGCAAGAUGUUCAUGGCCGCCACCAACUACCUCCCUUCUCAAGUGUCAGGCAUGAUGAGCCAGGACCGGGCCUUUGCCACUGUGCGCUUGAACUUCUCUGGACAAAGGAACAUCUGUGUGCUCUCCACGUACGUAAGCUGUGGCUAUAGCAACCGAGCAGCAGCUCCUUCUGUGUAUAUAUACAUAGGCAUCUCUCAGAGCAGCAUAUAUAUAUGUGCGCGCACACACACACACACACACACCCUGAGUUGAGGCAAGCUGGAAGUUGGUUAGAAAUGUCUUGACUGCGUGGCAAGAUGCAACGUGUGGAAAUGUUCUGUAUCUUGCUUCUUCUGCACUGGACCACUGCCAUCUGCAUCUGCUCCAGGGAAGCUGCUGGGUGCACAAUACAGGCAGUUCAGAAUUUUAAUCUGUUUUGUGCCCCAGGUCUGAAAGAGAGUAGAUUGCAGUGGUCUCUUUAGGGGCUUUCUGCCUACAAGAAGAUAGGCUGAGGAUGUCUUUGGCCCAGGAGUAGUAAAUGUGAUGUUCUGUGGACUACAACUCCCAUUAGUCCUGACUGUUGGCCGUGCUGGCUGGGGCUGAUGGGACUUGUAGUCCAACAUUACCUGGAGAGCAUCAUGUUGACUACCUCUGCUUGGCAGGAAUCAGAUUGAUGGAUUUUUUUUGCCCUAUUCCAAGUUGUGGCGAAGGCUCACGGUAGUGGUGGUGGUGCUCAUAGUGACUGCAUUCGGGAAGGUCUCGUGUAGGAGAAGAUCUCCACUGAUGUGUUAAGCAGAACAAGGCCAAUAUCUGUACAUUUGUACCAUCAGGAUGUGGUGUGUGUAUCCACUUUUCGUCUGCUUAAUGAGAAAAUAGCAUAGUAAUUGCACAAGAGGAGAACUUACUCUUCCAGUAACAGGUAAAAUUCACUGCUAAAUACCACCUGACAGGGCAGGCAAAUGGAUGGAGAGACCUUUUGUGAGUUCCUUUCAACUCUCCUCUUGCACAUUUCUUGUUAGAAUCCAGAAGUUGCCUCGGCUCUUGGUUACGACGUCUGACGGACACCUUUACCUCUACAACCUGGACCCUCAAGAUGGAGGAGAGUGUGUUCUAAUCAAGAAACACAGGUAAAUGAUACAGCUGAGCUGUUUGAGCACUGCAAGGGGAAAUGUCUAGAGGUGGGUUUUUAGCAUAUGCAAAGGGAAGCCACAGGCUAUAAUAAAAUCACGCCCUGUAGUGCUUUAAUUUGUUGAUGGUUAAAAUUAUAUGCAUGACUUCCUGAACUAUGUGAGGUAUUCCAAAGCUGCCCCACCUUCUAGCAGAAAUCGCAAAUGUCUCCUGAUUGAUGAAUCAGGGCAGGCACCUGCACUCUGGCUGUAUAUACUAGUUUUCUGUAGGUAGGCAUCUUCUCCCCCCACCCCCGCCGCCAAGGGGAGCAUCUCACAAAAUUACACCAGAUGGACAAGGACCUCUUGGGUGAAAACCAUCAGAUGGUUUGGCCUGAAGCACAAAAUCUGAAGGCCACUUUAUCUCAGAAAGACAGAAUUGUCUGCACACAAAAGCCCCAACCAGAUUGUGCAGACCUGGGGAGUAGGAUGGAUCCAGGGAGCACAACAAGGAUGCAUGUCACAUGUGGAAUUGAUGUAGCAAAACGGAUAUGUGAGAAAAAUUAAGCUCCCUUGUUGGAAGGGAAGAGUCAUAAAGCAACACUUCAAAGGUUCUUGGAGGCAAGCAGACACAUAACUGGAGGGAGCUUUGCUCUGUGGCAAAGAUAUGGAAGUCCUUAUGGCAGUGGUAGCCAACCUGGUGCCCUCCGGAUGCUGUUGGACUUCAACUCCCAUCAGCCCCACCAGCCUGCUUGGAUAAUGGGAGUUGUAGUCCAACAGCAUUUGAGGAUGAACGCAUUGGCUGCCUCUGCCAUAUGGUUUUCCCAAAAGGAUGAGGUGAUGCCUGAGCAGCCUCUGAUUGCUUUUUAGAGAACUGUUUCAGGUGUUGUGGGUUGUUUUUGUACAUUACUGUGGUACUUGAUGUUAUGCAGUUUAUAGAUACAGUGGUGCCUCGCAAGACGAAAUUAAUUCUUUCUGCGAGUUUUUUCGUCUUGCGAAUUUUUCAUCUUGCGAAGCACGGUUUCCCAUAGGGUAUUAACGGUUUUAAGAAAAAGGAAACAAACUUGCAAGACGUUUUCGUUUUUCAUCUUGCAAAGCAAGCCCAUAGGGAAAUUUGUCUUGCAAAGCAACUCAAAAAACGAAAAACUUUUUCGUCUUGCGAGGCAUUCGUCUUGCGAGGUACCACUGUAUUCCGGAAAGAUAAGAUUUGGAGGGCAAGUAACACAGCCCGAGUAACUGAGCCACAAGGGAAACAUGUAGGUUUUAUUCCUAGUUUGAGGUGCUUAUAUUUGCACUGGAAAUAGCGGAAGAUGACAGUGAAGGUGUUUCGCUCGUCAGGGUGUAGAUAAUGCCAGGCCUUUGUAGUUGGAUCUAAACACCCACCUAGGUAUUAAUUUGGCUGUCAGCUUUUGAAGUGCUAUUCAGCUCACACACCAGCAUGCUUCAGAUGCAGAGGCUGUGACUAAAAGGCCCGCUACCCUGGGCCGCCCAUCUCAUUCAGGCAUCACCAGCACUCUUGUGUCUUGGCCUGGAGCCUGUGUGUGUUCUGGUCACCCAUAAAACUUAGGUCACCUCAAGCGACGGUUUUUUUCUUGGGUGUUGCCUGUGGCUCAGAAUCAUGGCUGUGUCCUCCUCCUCAUCUGGACAGCUGCAGUGGAAUUUCUCUACAAGCCCGUCCUUGCUGUCUAGCGUAACAAGCAGAAUGACUGCCCGUCUCUUUGCAAAGAGAGAAGUGAGCACUUGUAUGUAGUCUGGUGAAGUGUAACGUCUGUGCGUGCUACUGCCCAGCCCUUUGGGCUGGCAAGGGCAAGAGGACUGGGUGGCACCAGGGACUUGCAGGAGGUGCCCACAAGCAGCUGGUGGUGGGGUGGGGGGCUUGCUUGCAACUGGUCUAUUCUGUGAAUGAAAAUCUGCAAUGAGCGGGUGAACCCAGUAGCAGAGGGCCGCCAUGAACUUCUGUGGUGGAGUACGCUUAUUGCCAUAAGGGAUACGCUUUAAUAUGAUAGUUGUUGUUGUUUAAAUAGGGGUAUUGCUUAAUGUCUAAAGAACUGUCAGAGAUACUAUAUUUCUGAAUGCCAGUUGCUGGAAAUUGCGCUCAGAUCCUGCUUGUUGCCCACUGUGAGAGCAGGCUACUGGACUAGGUGGGCUGCUUAUGUUAAAUGAGAGCCCUGCCGUCUUCUCUGUAAGGGAGAAGUGUGGGACGACACUGUGGUUGCUCGGUGGUGAUGGAAAGGCAAUUGGGCUUGCUUUGAGGUCCUGCAUAACAUUGUGUUGCAUGCAUAUGGGCAUGCAUAUGUAUGUCUACAAAUUUGGAUAAGUAGCUUGAGCAAAGAUGGGGAAAAGGAGACCGAUAGUUGAAAGGACGGUGGUGCAAGAUUAGGAUAACAGUGCACGGGAGACUAUUUCCCUUACCUGCUGCGCUACUGAAGAAAAGGGGUCUGAAGGAUCUGGUGUGGUCCGAGGUCCCUUUCCCCACCUCCACAGCAACAUUACACCUGCAUCCCAGCACUCUCCUCCCUUUCUUCCAAAUGCCAACGUAGUCCUUUUUGGAGAGGUUGUGCUGUCUACAUCUGCAUAGAGAGGUUUUGCCGUUGUGCAUUUGUGUUGGGAAACCAAUGCAACAUAUGGGUCAGAGAUGGAUGAGACCACGGCACAAGACCCACAUGCACCAGCCGUCCAGCUUAUACUUUGCUACCCAUCACAGUGAAAUAUGGACAUGCAUUGUUGAUGUUACUGGGUAGCUUGGGAGGUAGUAACUAAUUUUAUUCUCUUUUUUCCCUGCCUCAACAUACAAUCAGCUUGCUUGACCUGGGAAAGGCAGAAGAGAACAAAGAAAACGAUCUCCGCCCCCCAGUACCUCAGACUUAUGCUGCAACGGUAGCCCGGCAGAGUUCGGUGCCUUCACCUUCGAUGGUGCCAGGUGAGUGUCAGGUUGUCAUUCAAGAUCUUCAGGCUCUUGGUUUAGCCAGACCAGAACUGUUCAUGGCUAAGUAUCCCCAGAUAAUGACGUAUCUAUAGAUCCCCCUUGAUGUUCUUAGGGAAACAAGGUUCUUUUUCUUAUCUGUCACAUCUUCAGAUGCCCUGUACCUGGGAGAAGGGGUCUGGCCAUAGGCAGAAGGCCAGGUGUUUCCUCACACUUUUAAUUUCACAUUGCCUCAGAACCAAACAAAAGAAACUGAAGCAGCUCAGCACCCUUUGCACUUUGUCACAACAUAAAUCUAUGUGGCCAGCGUUGCCAGGCCAAGCCACACGUGUUGUAUGAUAUAAAACCAUCAAGGCUGGGUGCAUUAUGUAGAAGUUUAGAAGAAGAAUAAAGUCUGAUAAUGCGCACAGAAUUCAACUUCCCAAGAAUCUCAGCAACCAUAAAGCAAAAAAAAUAAUAGAUCACCCUGAUGCAAAUCUUUACCUCUCCUUUAUUUUUGUAAUGCAGAGAAACAGCAACAAAUGUCUUCUGGACAUCUUGUUUUGCUCUGUGUUGCUUAUAACUGCAAAGUAAAUGUAAUUAUAGGAAACAUACCCAUUGUGCUGUCUAAUAGACAACGCAGACUCCCUUGCUUGCAUGUUGGUGAUGCGCUUUGCUCAUGUCAUCCCAAGCAAAGCCACUAGAAAUCUGAACCGACUCGCUUGACUACUCUCCUCUCCCCUAAGUAAGACUCUUUCCUCUAUCCUGUCUGUGCAAACAAGUUAGAAUGUGUUUCUGUCCGUCCUUUAUGAAAAGCCUUGGGCGCCACUAAUGCUUAUUGAAGAUCCCACAUGAAUCAAAACUCUGCAUGUCUGAUUCACAGUGGAAAGCCUGAGGCUUUCAUUAGAAUGGAAACUUCUCCCCGCCACAGUCUGGCAAUUGCAGUAUUGGUGCAGCUCUCACAAGUCCCUUCACUUCUCUCUGUUUUGCCAAACCUUGCAGAAGGAGGGGGGAAAGCACUCAGUAAAAUCACCAAAUGCCGCCCCUGUUUGCCCAGCCUUUGGGCUUUUCAGCUGUACUGAUCUCCAGUAUUUUGUUCCUUCUUAAAUAGGUUACUCAGAAGAUGGAGGAGCCCUUCGAGGAGAGGUUAUACCGGAGCAUGAAUUCGCCACUGGGCCAGUGUGUCUGGAUGAUGAAAAUGAGUUUCCACCUGUGAGCAUUAGGAGUACUUAAGAGAGCACUAUGGGCCUCAUGCUGCGAAGAAAGCGUUUAACCUCUUCUUCCAGAAGGGCUGUCUCUUCCUCUCCUUUCUGUAGCCCGCGGCAACUAAAUCAGUUAUGCUCUUACAAAUGGGUAGAUAAACUCCCACUGUGCUGAGAGAGGGGCUUGGGAACAAAAUCUUAUUUAUAAUCCUGAUAUCCUACUGUUGCAUUGGUGUCCCAGGCCCAGGGAACUGACUGAGCAGGUCCAUUCCUGCGGAGGUUCAGCAGUGCUACAGCUGCAGAUGCUUCCAGACCAUUUAAUUGAUUCCCACCCAAACCCUCUUGUCUUCCCAAGAGGAGGGCACGCUCAGAGUUCAAGUCUGGAUUUCUGCAUUCACAGCUUCAGCAACGCCUCCGAGAUGGAAGAGGUGGGAGGAAUCCUUCAAAUGUCAGAAAGAGGCAUGUUUAAGGGCAUCUGUUUGGUCCUUUGAAUGUGUGUUUGGAUUAAGUGACCAAAACGAAAAUGAUAACUGACUCGUGGCUUUGGCUUUUGUGGGUUCUGGGCAAUUGCAGCCCAUGCCCCCAUUCCUUCCCAACCCAGUCCUAUUGCUGGUAGCUUUGCCAUACCAGCAAGAUGCUCAGCCCACCAGCUUUGCUAUUUGCAUGUUGGGCUGGGUGGAGGAAAAGACCUGCAGGGCAGGCAGCAGUAUAAAAUGGUAGUGCAGGUAGAAGCAUUACUUAAGGGGAAAUGGGCAGGUGCAGUAAGCAAGUGCUGGCUGGGCAGCAGUCGUGCUAGUGAUGGAGCUGCUCUUCCAUCGCUGGGCUCUCGAGGUAGGACCAGCCUGUGGCGGGAGAGAAAAAAGAGAGAGCGAUCAGCAGCCCAAGCCUACUGACUGCUGCAUACACAGACCAAACCUGUCUUUAGCAAGGAAGGUUCGAAACUGGAAAACUUAAGGACAUUUAUUUGUGUUCCCGCUAUCUUUCUCCCCUCUCUGUAAUAGAAGUCUGCUACCUCCCAGUGUCUCUUUAAUCAAUGCUGUUUAUUUUCUAAGAAGUAACAAGCGAUGUAUUACGUUCCUUCUAAAGGGUCCCAUCCCUCUUGCAUGGUCUUGCAUUCAAAAGGAGUCAUGGGGAAGUGACUUCCAUGCUGUGUCUUAACAGCGUCAAGUGAUCCAAGCUUAUUGCAGAGCUAAGCAUCUACCUGCCCAACCGCUUGUCUGCCUUGCUCCUGUUGCCGCUUCUCACGCCUGUUGCUUCCCCUUUCCUGCCGCUGCCAAAAUUCUUGCCCCGGGCUGUUAAAGGUGAGAGGAACCGUCCCAGAUAGCCGUACGCUGUUGUUUAGAGGCUGGAAGAGGACUGGCUUGAUCUAGGGCUAGGGAAGCCUUCCAGAUGGUGUGGAACUACAACUCCCACAAUCCCCGACUUCUGACCAUGUUGCCUGGGGCUGAUGGGAGUCCAGCAACACUGGAAGACUCACACGUCAGCCACCUGUUAUGUAUGGCACCUGCAAGCUCGCUCUCCCCUAACCUUCAAGGCUGCCUCUCAUCUUCUCUUUGUGUCUGAGGGGGGAGGAAUGCCAUGGUGGGUGUGAGAGACAGGAUGGAGCUGGGGGUGUUACUUGCCAUAGACAGCCAGGCAAGCGGCACAUUGCACCUCUGACUGAGGAUAUAAUGGGUUUAGUUUUGGCAUUUGUUACUAGUUGUGUGGGCUGGUGAAAAAGCCAAGGCUGAGCAAUCACAAUGUUCCCUGCUUGCUAGGCCCCCGUAGGAGCUUUUGGGUUUGUUUGUUUUUGCGAUAAUUAAACUGUUCCCUCCGCAUAUGGCCAUGAACACUUAGGCAGUAUCCAACCCACAAAGACUAGUGUUCUAUUUUAAAAGUGUAAAGUGUUGGCAAUUUGGAUUAAUGGUUGUGUUAGUCGUGCAUGCAUAUGUACGAUUAUUGACCUUCUGGGGUUUGGUCACAACUCGGCUGCGCGCUGCACUCAGCAUCCUGUUUGAGAAGCUACUGCACUUAAGAGUUGUUUCUUUUUACCUUUGGCUGCCUUAAUAGAGGAGGGUGGAUGGCGAUCUCUUAGUAUUUCGUCAUCUCUCUAGGAUCAGAAACUUGGGAUUAUUUUUCUCUCCUUUGUACCAACCUCCCAGGUUGUUAUGGGGGUUUCCACUUGCCAUAUUACUUUAUGAAUCCUCCUCAGUGCUCUGUGAAACUCUUGGUGUGAUGAUGUGCCUUAUUCAUAGGGAAAUUGCCUCUCCAUGGAUAUUGUAGCAAGCAUUUGGCUUCUUAACAGUGCAGGCGGGGAUGGGGGCAGUUUGACUGCUGGGCUCAAGCUGGCAGGGCAGAAUGUCAUUUUUCCAGGGGGUCUGUGUGUAAUGGACAUACAUAUCCAUCUGUUUUAUCAUCCCAUUAGAAACAAUGGGAGGGGAGGUAGAGAUUUAGUGAUCUCUGUUUCAGGAGCCUGACUGAAUAAUUCUCUAGUAUGGGGGAUGUCCAAGCCACUUCCCAGCAUACCCUCUUUUUUCUGGCCCUUCUGACAGUGCUUUUAAGGUCAGUUGGACCGGCCCUUUUUGGAGCUAGCAGAGGUGGGAAGGGAAGCUCCGACACGGGACCUCCCUUUCUGAUUUUGAAGCUCUAUGUCUGACAUAGAGGGUAGGUCCAUUCUAGUCCAUGGCUUGUAAGGGUGGCCCUCCUUGGCAAGGACGGUACCUUGAAUUGCUAAUAUACUGGCAUAAAAAGAGGUUUUUCAAAGGGUAUGUCUACACUGUCUUCUGCACAGGAGGAAGUAUCUACACACAUCAGAAACUGCUAAAUUAGCCCCAUUCCAAUUUGGACAAAGUGAACUAGCCACACCAGACCCAAGUGCUAGAAGUUUUUUCCGAUGUCUGGGUCGUAUUGCAACCUUCACAUCACUAAAUUGGGCAUUCCACUACCAUUCCUCCAUAUUACUUACAGGAGGUAGAGGGGAGAGUUAGGAGGGGAAAGCUAGGAGAUCUAAUUUACAGCACCAAGAGUACAAGCUCUCUUGUCCAGGCAAGCAUAAAAAUGUAACUGCCACAAUGUGAAAUGAGCGUUCUGCAUGCGUUGCAGGUGACGAUGGUGUGCAUACUUUCUCCUCCUUUAAGAUGCUCUUCAUGUGGAAAGCAUCAUUGUAUGUGAAGCUGUGGAUGGGUAAGCCUGUGGAAUCCAAGCAGCUUGGGAUCAAGUGCCACUAAAAACAUGAUUGCCGUGCGCCAGCUGCAUCACUUAUGCUCUUGGAAGAGCAAUUUCCAUACAGGAGCCCAAGGAACUCCAGCUGUUGUUAGGGUUGGGCGAUGCAUUGCAGUGUUGAAAACCAGGUAUCAGCAGCUAAAUAUCUGCAUAUGCUGAUAUAUCACAAUGGCUGAAAUGUAUAUCAGCUGCUGCUUUCUCCCCUAAGUGGGGAGGAAGAAGCAAUAGAGAUACAUCGCCCAACCCCAUACUGCUGUGGCUUCUGCGAGCAAGAGCAGUAGGAGGGUUUGAUCAGCUAUGGGGUGGGCAGCUUCCCACCCACCCUGCAGCUGAUCAAACCCCUCCCUUCCAGCUCACAUGAGCAAGGGCUUGUUCAAAGGCGCCUGCCUGCCUUUGCCCGAGUGGGCAAGCUGCGUCUUUCCUCGUGGGGUCCUUGGUCGCUCUGGGAUGAAAGACACAGCCCACCUUCCUGGGCGAAGGCAGGCAGGCAGCAACCAAGCACACAGAGCCUGAGAAGCAUGUUCAGGCUCUGUGAAUCUGUCUGCCUUUGCCUUCAUCCAGUCGGGCAGCCUGACUCUUUCCUCCCAGAGCGACCAAGGACCCCACGAGGAAAGACGCAGCCCGCCCAGACGCCUUUGCCUUUUGCAGACAAUUUCAGCUGCUGAUUCACUGUGGCUCCCUGGUUGCUGCUAGCACAGCACAGGGGAGACAGGAGGUGCGCUGUGCUGGUGGUGGCUGGGGAACCACGAUGUAUCAGGUGACCCAGCACAUGCUGUGUUUACAACCAAGACAAGGGGUCAUUGUUUAAAGCAGAAAACACAAUUCUCAGUCUUCAGUUCCCCCUAAGAUGGGCAUUGGGGUCCGUUCCCAGCCCAGAUAAUUCCUUUGAAUUAAGGACACGCAAAAAAACUAAGUGACCCACAGAUUUUGCGGAAAGCAAAACAGUUGCAUGGCAAGCUGCCUCCCUGCUGCUUCCUCUGCAUGUUCGCAAAGUCCGGCUACAGCACACUCCCUGCUCAACGGCACGCUGCUGGGAAAAGUAAGGCCCUUCUGUUUUGAUUUUGGUAGAUAAACUUGUGCCGUGGAAGCCAGACGAACAAGAGGUCAUGAGGAGUGGCAAACAGCAGAGCACGGAGCGACGGAUGGGAGGUAGUUUGGAGAAACAAAAAAUGGGAAAGUGGAAGAACCCACAAGUGAGGGGGGAAGCCAGAGGUGCUCCAGUGCUUUUAACACAGUAUGUUUCUUCUUAGCCCAACCCUUUCUGGCCCUUUGUGUGUAUUCUCUUAAAAGUGCUGCGUGGGUUUGGUAUCAAUGUACUGUAUAUGCACAUUGCUCUAUACUCGAGUGUAAAUGUAACCACCACCCCCAAGAACCUGAAUUUUAUACACAUGCCUGCCCUUUUCUAAUUUAUGUCGUGUAUAAAUGUACUUAACAGAAGUCUAUUGAUCUAUGUCCUUUGUACAGUAUAUAUACAUAAUAUUUUACCCAGGCAGAAUAUUUUUGCAGUGACCUAUUAGGGAGACAGGAAAAAAAAGAGAACUCCAACUUACUGUGUUGGCACUCUGUUUAAAUACCUGUUAAUAAAGUCACCAUCGUGUCAGCAGCAGCAGCUGUCGCCUUGCGUUCUGUCUUGUUGUUUUGAACGGAGCCCUAAAGAUGUCAGCCUUGAUUAAGUUUUACCAGUGGAACUGCUGCAUCUGCUUGCAAAUAGAAUCCCUUUUUAUUUCUACUGUACACCAUGCCUCAGUUGCUAUUUUCAGAGAAUCGUGUCAGGAGAUCCACAAUGAGAAUUGCCUCCCUUAUUUUCCUUCGUAUGUUGUGGACCAUCCUGCCUGCAAAGAAAGAGAGAUACUGUAUUUUUCUGUGUCUAAGACAAUAUUUUCCCCCAAAUUUUUAAAGUUUAAAAUUGGGGGUAGUCUUAUACACAGAAUGUUGGAAUUAUUUAAUUUUGGGCUCAAAAAAUACAGGUUGUCUUAUACAUGGGGGCGUCUUACACACACAAAAAUACGGUAAUUAUGUCUAUAGCAUAGUAAGGACCCGAGUCACUAUUAUCAUUUAAAUAAUAAUUCUUUAGAUUUUCAGAUCCUUGUAAUUGGCUCUACCCGAUCUUGCAGUGACUCCAUAUGCCUAAGACCUACUUUAAAGACCCCCUCAAAUGUCUUGGGCCAUGGCUCCUACUUAAAAUAAAAAUGACAACCGUC